UGUGCGCACAUGCCAAAGUGUGUAUUUGUAUGUGACAGCAAGAGCGUGCGUUUUCAUGUGUGUUCUGUCCUAAUUUCCCUGUCACACGUCCCUAACUCUAAUGCACACAACACAUCAAUACUCAAAGCCAAUUAUCACUUUCCUCUGCUGGUCAUUGAUUCAGCCAGGAUCUCAGCCUCUGUCUCUAUUAGGAGCUCAUGCCACUGCUAACCGAAGACAGAUUACAAUGACGUGGAAAUCAUCACCCCGUCAUCCUAUCACCCCAUCCUACAGUAUGACAAAAGGAAUACAUGGGACUGGGGAGAUGCAUAAGGCCAAUGCAGCCAUUUUUAUCUCAAUAUAAAAUCAUUUCUGAGUAACAAUAAAGUACCUUACUGUGAUUGUUUUCAAUUAAAAUAGCUUUUUAGCAAAGAGACAUUUCUCAAGCAAGAAUUUUGCUAGGACUGUCUGGGAGUGGUCUGAGUGGGGAGGGGAAAACUGAAAACUAGCUGUUAUUGGUCUAUUAACUAAUUUACCGCCUGGUGAUGUAAACAGGCAGGAGACAGGCCAAAACACUAUCCCACCAAAAAAGGCUGACAUUUCAGGCAGUCUUUUCAAAUAGCUCUUACAUUAAAAAGGCAUUAUCAUAAUUUUCACAAUAUCACAAUAUUAUUCCAACUAGGGCUGUGGUGGUCAUGAAAUUUUGUCAGCCGGUGAUUGUCAAGCAAAUAACUGCCGGUCUCACGGUAAUUGAACAUUAAUUAACAUAAACACAUUUAGCAUCUGCUGGCUUCCACGCAUAGCCUACAAGCCACUGAUGUAGACCUUUGCAACAUCAACAUUUUAAAAAGUCGAAUAAAUCCAUGUAAUAUAGCCUACACCAUCACAAUAAAUCCAUUAUUUAUUUUAGACAGGUCUAAAGAAACAUGAUUUGUAGAAAAUGUAGUCUAUUUCAGAAGAACAGAAUAGCAUACUCUGAGUUGUCCUUAUGUUAGGCCCUGAUCUGGCUAUGCCAUAUGGCUGUGAGUUACACUCAUUUAGCAGACAAGAUUUGCUUAGAAUUCCGUGGCAUUACAAUUGAACAUAGUUGAAUAAAAUAGAAAGGAUAUUUGAUUUUUUAUAUAUUCUAAGGAUGCUUGAUGCGACUUCAAUGAGGAUUUGAAAAAAGUUGCAUGAAAGGCAUGAGCUCUGCUUUGUUUUUUGCGCAGGUUGUACACACUUCAUCAGUCUCUCAUUCACAAUUUGACAAGCACUUGAUAAUGCCUCGAAUGUCCCGGUGGCAUCCCCUUUGUGGGCCAUAAUGCCCCCUAAAAAAAUCCAUGCCUUUGGCAGCCAGUGGCCGUUGUGCCCUUGGGCUGAAUAUAAUAAUUAUAAUUCCCUUCUCCCAGCACUCACAUGGCUCUCUGUCACGUGAUUUGGUCUUUUUUCACAGGCUACAAGUGAAGACAGACACAUCGGGGACGCAACUGCGCGCGUCCUUAUCCAAUUCCGAGGCGCAUAUUGAAGAUAUUGGAAGAACGGUCCACAUUUACACUUCCAGUCAAAAGGUUGGACACACCUACUCAUUCAAGGGUUUUUCUUUAUUUUUACUAUUUUUUACAUUGUAGAAUAAUAGUGAAGACAUCAAAACUAUGAAAUAACACAUAUGGAAUCAUGUAGUAACCAAAAAAGUGUUAAACAAAUACAAAUAUAUUUUAUAUUUGAGAUUCUUCAAAUAGCCAUCCUUUGCCUUGAUUGACAGCUUUGCACACUCUUGGCAUUCUCUCAACCAGCUUCAUGAGGUAGUCACCUGGAAUGCAUUUCAAUUAACAGGUGUGCCUUCUUAAAAGUUAAUUUGUGGAAUUGAUUUCCUUCUAAAUGCAUUUGAGCCAAUCAGUUGUGUUGUGACAAGGGAGGGUGUGUAUACAGAAGAUAGCCCUAUUUGGUAAAAGACCAAGUCCAUAUUAUGGCAAGAAUAGCUCAAAUAAGCAAAGAGAAAUGACAGUCCAUCAUUACUUUAAGACAUGAAGGUCAGUCAAUACGUAACAUUUCAAGAACUUUGAAAGUUUCUUCAAGUGCAGUCGCAAAAACCAUCAAGCACUAUGAUGAAACUGACUCUCAUGAGGACCGCCACAGGAAUGGAAGACCCAGAGUUACCUCUGCUGCAGAGGAUAAGUUCAUUAGAGUUACCAGCCUCAGAAAUUGCAGCCCAAAUAAAUGCUUCACAGAGUUCAAGUAACAGACACAUCUCAACAUCAACUGUUAAGAGGGGACUGUGUGAAUCAGGCCUUCAUGGUCGAAUUGCUGCAAAAGAAACACUACUAAAGGACACCAAUAAUAAGAAGAGACCUGCUUGGGCCAAGAAACACGAGAAAUGGACAUUAGACCGGUGGAAAUGUGUCCUUUGGUCUGGAGUCCAAAUUGGAGAUUUUUGGUUCAAACCACCGUGUCUUUGUGAGACGCGAUGUGGGUGAACGGAUGAUCUCCGCAUGUGUAGUUCCCAUCGUAAAGCAUGGAGGAGGAGGUGUUAUGGUGUGGGGGUGCUUUGCUGGUGACACUCUCUGUGAUUUAUUUCGAAUUCAAGGCACACUUAACCAGCAUGGCUAGCACAGCAUUCUGCAGCGAUACGCCAUCCCAUCUGGUUUGGGCUUAGUGGGACUAUCAUUUGUUUUUCAACAGGACAAUGACCCAACCCACCUCCAGGCUGUGUAAGGGCUAUUUUACCAAGAAGGAGAGUGAUGGAAUGCUGCAUCAGAUGACCUGGCCUCCACAAUCCCCCGACCUCAACCCAAUUGAGAUGGUUUGGGAUUAGUCAGACGGCAGAGUGAAGGAAAAGUAGCCAACAAGUGCUCAGCAUAUGUGGGAACUCCUUCAAGACUGUUGGAAAAGCAUUCCAGGUGAAGCUGGUUUAGAAAAUGAGUGUGCAAAGCUGUCAUCAACGCAAAGGGUGGCUAUUUGAAGAAUCUCAAAUAUAAAAUGUAUUCUGAUUUGUUUAACACUUUUUUGGUUACUACAUGAUUCCAUAUGUGUUAUUUCAUAGUUUUGAUGUGUUCACUAUUAUUAUACAAUGUAGAAAAUAGUAAAAAUAAAGAAAAACCCUUGAAUGACUAGGUAUGUCAAAGUUUUUGACUGGUACUGUACAUUUCGUCAGCCAACAAGAUGAGUAGCCCUAACGAACAGCAAAACCACUAGCCUAUGCCAAUCCCCCAUAGUACAUUUACAUUUUAGUCAUUUAGCAGACGCUCUUAUCCAGAGCGACUUACAGUUAGUGAGUGCAUCAUUCUUUUUCAUCCUGGCCCCCCGUGGGAAUCGAACCCACAACCCUGGCGUUGCAAGCGCCAUGCUCUACCAACUGAGCUAUACGGGACCAAAAGUUGACCUAUUGUCACGCCCUGACUCUGGCGACUCUUAUUUGUUGAGUCAGGGUGUGUAUUUUCUAUGUGGUGUAGAUCUAUGUUUAAAGUCUAGUAUGUCUAGAUCUAUGUUGUCCGGUGUGGUUCCCAAUCAGAGGCAGCUGUCGCUCGUUGUCUCUGAUUGGGGACCAUACUUAGGCAGCCUUUUGGCACUAGUGGGUUGUGGGAUCUUGUUCCGUGUGAGGUUUGUUGUGUGUACCUUAGGACGUCACGUAUCGUUGGUUUAUUGUUUUGUCGAGUGUUUAUUAAGUUUAAAUAAACAUGUUUGCAUAGCACGCUGCGCCUUGGUCCAUCCCGUUUAUGAACGAACGUGACAGAAGAUCCCACCAGACCUGGACCAAGCAGUGUGCCGAGGAGGAGCAGAGAGGAUGGACUUGGCAGGAGAUGAGAGAGGAUCUGGCAAGAAAGAUGGAGGCCCUGAAAGGGAUCAGGGUGGAGAGGCACACGGUGUGGAAUUUUUUUUUGGGGGGGCACACGGUGUGGACGACGAGGCAGCAGGAGGCCGCGAGAGGGCGGAUCUGCUGGUUAGGAGAGGAGGCCACCAGAUUACGGGGGCUUUUGGUUCAGAGGGAGCAGAAGGAAGGUGUAGAGGCACGGCGAGAGGAGCUGGUUAGGCAGCAGAAGGAGCGGGGGUUAAUAAAGGAACCCAGUCCCGCUCCUCGCACCAAGCAAGUGGUGCGUGUUCCCAGUACGGCCCGACCCAUUCCUGCUCCUCGCACCAAGCCAGUGGUGCACGUUGCCAGCCCGGCCCGGCCUGUUCCUGCUCCUCGCACCAAGCCAGUGGUGCGCGUCGCCAGCCCGGCCCGAGCCGACCCGUUCCUUCUCCUCGCACCAAGCCAGUGGUGCGCGUCGCCAGCCCUGCCCGGCCUGUUCCUGCUCCUCGCACCAAGCCAGUGGUGCGCGUCACCAGCCCGGCCCGGCCUGUUCCUGCUCCUCGCACCAAGCCAGUGGUGCGCGUCGCCAGCCCGGCCCGGCCUGUUCCUGCUCCUCGCACCAGGCCAGUGGUGCGCGUCGCCAGCCCGGCCCGGCCUGUUCCUGCUCCUCGCACCAAGCCAGUGGUGCGCGUCGCCAGCCCGGCCCGGCCUGUUCCUGCUCCUCGCACCAGACCAGUGGUGCGUUUGUCCAGUCCGGCACGGCCCGUGCCCGUUCCACCGGUGCCUGGUCCGGCACCGGUCAGCUGCUCCACUCCGUCACGUAUCGUUGGUUUAUUGUUUUGUCGAGUGUUUAUUAAGUUUAAAUAAACAUGUUUGCAUAUCACGCUGCGCCUUGGUCCGUCCCGUUUAUGAACGAACGUGACACCUAUUCUAUUCUGUGCGAGAAAUAAAUAUUCCAAACAUAGUCUGGGACAGUUGUGGGAUGCGAUAGAUCCCAAAUUAAUACAACCAUUAGCAUCAAAACCCUUUUUUAAGCAAUGAGGCUGACACAACAGAUCAGAAAGGUUAGCUUAAAAUGUUGAUAAACUAUUAGGCUAUUUCUUCACAUUUUAAGCGCAGCAAUGCACACAUGGCAGUAGGCUAUAAGUGCGAAUGUUCCAUUAGCGGGAAAACACCAUUCUCAAAAGUAACCAUGAAUGUGAUUAGGCAUGUAAUGCUUUUAUUAUAAAGGUGUAUUUUUAUGGUGAAAUUAUCUUCCCUUAACUUGAAAUUCACGCGCUGCUUAUGUAUGCCAGUUAGGCUCUACACCCGUUGUAAAGUGGAUUAAUGUGCUUCAUUUUAAUAAGUUAUUUGGCCACUUUAGUUGUGAUACAAACCUUAUCAAAACAUAUAGGCCUAUGGGCCAGGCUACAUGAGGUGUGGGACUAUGAUUAGAAAAAGUCGCAAAAAAAUGGUAUGCGCUGUUUCUUGCCAUCAUUCACAAGUGAUAAUACAUCAUUCACAAGUGAUAGGCUAGUAUUGUCACCCAGCAGACUAUUCUUGAUUGAAUCUUGUCUUUACAUAUACUAAAAUAAUAUAUGUGUGAAAUUUGUUUUGAUUUAGAAUGGACCAUUAUCAUACACCUCGAAACAGUGGCAGGGGGGAAAAAUACAUGUCAUCUAUGCACUUAAAUAGUGAAUGGAGGACGCUUUUUCCGUGGUUACUUUUCAUGCCAGCCAGGUAGGCUAUACUCCUGUUGUAAAGAGAAGCAAUCUGCUGAAUAUUAGGAAAGUUGAGAAAUAAAUAUAGUAGGCCUAACCUAUAGAAAUCUGAUAGGGCCCUUCUAUUUUUAAAAGAGGCCAUCACUCUGUUUUCUUACACAAUUGCGAAGCCUAUAGAGAUGUUGCACAACAUGAGCUCAUGGGCUCUCAUGAAGUGUUUGAUUAGAUUUUUGAUUACAUUUACAUGGAUGUCAGAGUGAUUGAAGGGACAUUAGAGUGCUGAGUACCAGGCAGUUAGCAUGUUUGGUAAGCUUCUAAUGACCAUCAGCAGCAUCAGAGCUUGGUGAAGCCUAAUUACCGUGACUAAACGGUCACGUGGAAUUUGACUGCCAUCAUGACUCGUGACCGCCGGUGUGGCGGUAAUACAGUCACCGUAAUAGCCCUAAUUCCAACCUCAUAGUGUAGAAAUAUAUAUAAAAUACAGGAAAAUCACAUUUUUGACUGCACUGUGCCUUUAAAACUGUUUCAUAAUGUGUUCAUUUUCGAUACACAGCACAUGGUUUCCUCUUAGACAGGACUGCCCAACCCUGUUCCUGGAGCGCUAUGGUCCUGUAUGUUUUUGCUCCAACCCUAAUCUAGCACACCUGAUUCUAAUAAUUAGCUGGUUGAUAAGAUGAAUCAGGUUAGUAACACUUGGGGUUGGAGCGAAAACCUACAGGAGGGUAGCUCUCCAGGAACAGGGUUGGGCAAUCCUGUUCUAACAUCCAUGGUUGUAUUCACUAGGCUGGAGGAGUACGUGUACAGGUCCGGAGUCAGUGAAAUAUGAUUUUGAUAUGAAUAAUCUAUAUUGGCUCUGGCAUUAAUGCAGUUAUCCUGUGAUUGUGUGGUCCGAUGUCCAUUCUCCUCCCAGCAGUUUCCUGUGCUGAAAGUAAUCAGUCUGGAAAUACAACCGUAUAGAAGGUUGCAUGUACACAGUGUAUCUCCGCUUAUGUUGUGAUCUGGAGAUGAGGCAAGGGGAUAUUAUGUUAGCGUCAAGCAGUUAUCAUUUCAUUUGUGUGUGUGUGUGUGUGUGUCCUGUAUAGAAAUGCUGACUGUUAGACUACACGUUACAGAAUGCCACCGACGGUGGCAGCUGUCUGCUUCUUUCCUUUGAGAUUUGGGCCCACAUUCAUUAAGCAUCUCAGAGUAGGAGUGCUGAUCUAGGAUAAGCUUUGCUUUUUUAAUCUUAGUGAAUAAUAUUACAUGGACAGGGGGGACCUGAUCCUAGAUCAGCAAUCCUUAUCUGAGACGCUUUAUGAAUACAAGCCCUGGAGUCCACAGCACUGCUCUUCUUAUUGAGUUUGGGAUUCCAUACUGAGAGAAAGUGUAUUUCUAAGAGGUCAUUAUCUCAGCAAGGUUUGGUCAAUCAAAGUGUUUACACAGUGUUCUGCAAUUGAUUUCUUCCUCUUUCGAUUUGGUGGCUCUGAUGUUGUUGCUGCGGCAGUAAUUAUUUUCCCAACUUCAUUCAGGUUUCAUUUAGGAGAACAAAUCAAUCCCUCGUGGUAUACCCCCCACUCUCAAGAACUCUGCCAGGAAGGUGUGUGUGUGUACUUGUGUGUGCCCGUGUGUUCCUCAGCCAUUCAGUUGACUGGCUGGGCUCCACUCUCCUUAGACCCCUGUAUCUAUAAAUAGCCUGUAUACGCAUCGGACCCACUGGGCAAAAACUGGUUGGGUCAAUGUUGUUUCUACGUCAUUUCAACCCCAAAAUUAAAUGUGAUGAUGUUGAAUCAACAUGGAAAACGAAUUGGAUUUGCAAAAAGUAAUCAACGUAAGGGAAUUUAGUCUUUUUUUCACCCGACUUUUAAUCUAAAUCCAAUGACAGGGUGACAUUUUUGGUUUAUUUCACAUUGAAUUCACGUUAGUUGACAACUCAACCAAAUGUAAAUCAAAACUAGACUUUGAUCUGACAUCUGUGCCCAGUGGGGAGUGAGUCCCAGCAGGAAACAGGAAGUAGCCCUCUUGACCUAUUCAGUUACCUGUGUGCCUAUGGGAUUUCAUAUGGCUUAUGAGCAACUGGCCCCCCUGUAGCCUAUGUGGAGAUGAGAGGUCCUUGCCUUGCUACUGGUCCCCCCAGGCUACUUGUCCCCUAUGUGCUAACAUUAUAGGGUUCCUUGCAGGCUACUGGCCCCCCAGUGCCCAGUGAAUAGGUAAGGGGCCUUCAAUAGGCCACUGGGCUUAUUGGCUCCCCUUAAGCCUUUGUGGAGGCCACUAAUCCUUGUUAGGCCACUGCUCCCAUAUACCUGAUGAAAUAAAGGGUCCUGAUUGGCUACUGCCACCAUAGUGUGCUAACAUUUUAGAGGUAUAUGAUUAGCUACUGACUCCCCUGUGGCCAGUGCUGAGGUAAGGGGUCCUUCAAUGGGCCACUUCACUUGUUAUGUUAGCCACAUACUGGUAGCCAUGAGCCAUCAUCCCAGCCUGCAGAACGCAGCGCUUUCAACACCUCAUACACUGACGUUCAUUACAUUACGCCAUUGGUCUGUGUCUGACUGUUCAUGGCACUGGACAGCCUAUCUGAUCUGCUAGGAUGGGAGGAACAAGCACAUCUAUCCUCACUGCUAUUUUUACACCGGACAGAUCUGAAAUUGAUACAGUGCUAUGUCAGAUAUGUCAGUGCAUAAUUUAUACAUACUCUGCCAUGGUCCUGAUUGAUGCGGCUAUGUAUGCCAGCUAUGUCUGCCACUAAUCUUCAAGCCUUUGACUAAUUGAAUUACAGUGCCUUACAAAAGUAUUCAUCCCCCUUGGUGUUUUUCCUAUUUUGUUGCAUUACAACCUGUUAUUUAAAUUGAUUUUUAUUUGGAUUUCAUGUAAUGGACAUACAGUGAGGGAAAAAAGUAUUUGAUCCCCUGCUGAUUUUGUACGUUUGCCCACUGACAAAGAAAUGAUCAGUCUAUAAUUUUAAUGGUAGGUUUAUUUGAACAGUGAGAGACAGAAUAACAACAACAAAAUCCAGAAAAACGCAUGUCAAAAAUGUUAUAAAUUGAGUUGCAUUUUAAUGAGGGAAAUAAGUAUUUGACCCCCUCUCAAUCAGAAAGAUUUCUGGCUCCCAGGUGUCUUUUAUACAGGUAACGAGCUGAGAUUAGGAGCACACUCUUAAAGGGCGUGCUCCUAAUCUCAGUUUGUUACCUGUAUAAAAGACACCUGUCCAAGAAGCAAUCAAUCAAUCAGAUUCCAAACUUUCCACCAUGGCCAAGACCAAAGUGCUCUCCAACGAUGUCAGGGACAAGAUUGUAGACCUACACAAGGCUGGAAUGGGCUUCAAGACCAUCGCCAAGCAGCUUGGUGAGAAGGUGACAACAGUUGGUGCGAUUAUUCGCGAAUGGAAGAAACACAAAAUAACUGUCAAUCUCCCUCGGCCUGGGGCUCCAUGCAAGAUCUCACCUCGUGGAGUUUCAAUGAUCAUGAGAACGGUGAGGAAUCAGCCCAUAACUACAUGGGAGGAUCUUGUCAAUGAUCUCAAGGCAGCUGGGACCAUAGUCACCAAGAAAACAAUUGGUAACACACUACGCUGUGAAGGACUGAAAUCCUGCAGCGCCCACAAGGUCCCCCUGCUCAAGAAAGCACAUAUCCAGGGCCGUCUGAAGUUUGCCAAUGAACAUCUGAAUGAUUCAGAGGAGAACUGGGUGAAAGUGUUGUGGUCAGAUGAGACCAAAAUUGAGCUCUUUGGCAUCAACUCAACUCGCCGUGUUUGGAGGAGGAGGAAUGCUGCCUAUGACCCCAAGAACACCAUCCCCACCGUCAAACAUGGAGGUGGAAACAUUAUGCUUUGGGGGUGUUUUUCUGCUAAGGGGACAGGACAACUUCACCGCAUCAAAGGGACGAGGGCGUGUACCGUCAAAUCUUGGGUGAGAACCUCCUUCCCUCAGCCAGGGCAUUGAAAAUGAGUCGUGGAUGGGUAUUCCAGCAUGACAAUGACCCAAAACACACGGCCAAGGCAACAAAGGAGUGGCUCAAGAAGAAGCACAUUAAGGUCCUGGAGUGGCCUAGCCAGUCUCCAGACCUUAAUCCCAUAGAAAAUCUGUGGAGCUGAAGGUUCCAGUUGCCAAACGUCAGCCUCGAAACCUUAAUGACUUGGAGAAGAUCUGCAAAGAGGAAUGGAACAAAAUCCCUCCUGAGAUGUGUGUAAACCUGGUGGCGAACUACAAGAACCGUCUGACCUCUGUGAUUGCCAACAAGGGUUUUGCCACCAAGUACUAAGUCAUGUUUUGCAGAGGGGUCAAAUACUUAUUUCCCUCAUUAAAAUGCAAAUCAAUUCAUAAAAAUUUUGACAUGCGUUUUUCUGGAUUAUUUUGUUGUUAUCCUGUUCAAACAAUCCUACCAUUAAAAUUAUAGACUGAUCAUGUCUUUGUCAGUGGGCAAACGUACAAAAUCAGCAGGGGAUCAAAUACUUUUUUCCCUCACUGUACACAAACUAGUCCAAAUUGGUGAAGUGAAAUGAAAAAAAUAACUUGUUUCAAAAAAUUAUAAAAAAUUAAUAACGGAAAAGUGGUGCGUGCAUACAGUUGAAGUCGGAAGUUUACAUACACUUAGGUUGGAGUCAUUAAAACUAGUUUUUCAACCACUCCACAAAUUUCUUGUUAACAAACUAUAGUUUUGGCAAGUCGUGACACAAGUAAUUUUUCCAACAAUUGUUUACAGACUACAGAUUAUUUCACUUAUAAUUCACUGUAUCACAAUUCCAGUGGGUCAGAAGUUUACAUACACUAAGUUGACUGUGCCUUUAAACAGCUUGGAAAAUUCCAGAAAAUGAUGUCAUGGCUUUAGAAGCUUCUAAUAGGCUAAUUGACAUCAUUUGAGUGAAUUGGAGGUGUACCUGUGGAUGUAUUUCAAGGCCUACCUUCACACUCAGUGCCUCUUUGCUUGACAUCAUGGGAAAAUAAAAAUAAAUCAGCCAAGACCUGAGAAGAAACAUUGUAGACCUCCACAAGUCUGGUUCAUCCUUGGGAGCAAUUUCCAAAUGCCUGAAGGUACCGCGUUCAUCGGUACAAACAAUAGUACGCAAGUGUGAACACCAUGGGACCACACAGCCGUCAUACCGCUCAGGAAGGAGACGCGUUCUGUCUCCUAGAGAUGAACGUACUUUGGUGCAAAAAGUGCAAAUCAAUCCCAGAACAACAGCAAAGGACCUUGUGAAGAUGCUGGAGGAAACAAGUACAAAAGUAUCUAUAUCCACAGUAAAACAAGUCCUAUAUCGACAUAACCUGAAAGGCUGCUCAGCAAGGAAGAAGCCACUGCUCCAAAACCACCAUAAAAAAGUCAGAAUAUGAUUUGAAACUGCACAUGGGGACAAAGAUCGUACUUUUUGGAGAAAUGUCUUCUGGUCUGAUGAAACAAAAAUAGAACUGUUUGGCCAUAAUGACCAUCGUUAAAUUUGGAGGAAAAAGGGGAAGGCUUGCAAGCCGAAGAACACCAUCCCUACCGUGAAGCACGGGGGUGGCAGCAUCAUGCUGUGGGGGUGCUUUGCUGCAGGAGGGACUGGUGCACUUCACAAAAUAGAUGGCAUCAUGCGGAAGGAAAAUUAUGUGGAUAUAUUGAAGCAACAUCUCAAGACAUCAGUCAGGAAGUUAAAGCUUGGUCGCAAAUGGGUCUUCCAAAUGGACAAUGACCCCAAGCAUACUUCAAAAAUUGUGGCAAAAUGGCUUAAGGACAACAAAGUCAAGGUAUUGGAGUGGCCAUCACAAAGCCCUGACCUCAAUCAUAUAGAAAAUGUGUGGGCAGAACUGAAAAAGCGUGUGCGAGCAAGGAGGCCUACAAACCUGACUCAGUUACACCAGCUCUGUCAGGAGGAAUGGGCCAAAAUUCACCCAACUUAUUGUGGGAAGCUUGUCGAAGGCUACCUGAAACGUUUGACCCAAGUUAAACAAUUUAAAGGCAAUGCUACCAAAUACUAAUUGAGUGUAUGUAAACUUCUGACCCACUGGGAAUGUGAUGAAAGAAAUAAAAGCUGAAAUAAAUCUUUCUUUCUACAUUUUAAUCAUUUAGCAGAAGCUCUAAUCCAGAGCGAUUUACAGGAGCAAUUAGGGUUAAGUGCCUUGCUUAAGGGCACAUUGACAGAUUUUUCACCUAGUCGGCUCGGGGAUUAGAACCAGCGACCUUUCGGUUACUGGCACAACGCUCUUACCCACUAAGCUACCUGCAGCCCAUUAUACUAUUAUUCUGACAUUUCACAUUCUUAGUUUAAAUGGAUUUGGCUAAGGUGUAUGUAAACUUCCGACUUCAACUAUAUGUAUUCACCCCCUUUGCUAUGAAGCACCUAAAUAAGAUCUGGUACAACCAAUUACCUUCAGAAGUUAAAUACAGUCCACCUGUGUGCAAUCUAAAUGUCACAUGAUCUGUCACUUGAUCUCAGUAUAUAUACACCUGUUCUGAAAGGCCCCAGAGUCUGCAACACCACUAAGCAAGGGGCACCACCAAGCAAGCGGCACCAUGAAGACCAAGGAGCUCUCCAAACAGGUCAGGGACAAAGUUGUGGAGAAGUACAGAUCAGGGUUGGGUUAUAAAAAAAUAUCCGAAACUUUGAACAUCCCAAGGAGCACCAUUAAAUCCAUUAUUAAAAAAUGGAAAGAAUAUGGCACCACAACAAACCUGCCAAGAGAGGGCUGCCCACCAAAACUCACGGACCAGGCAAGGAGGGCAUUAAUCAGAGAGGCAACAAAGAGACCAAAGAUAACCCUGAAGGAGCUGCAAAGCUCCACAGUGGAGAUUGGAGUAUCUGUCCAUAGGACCACUUUAACCUGUACACUCCACAGAGCUGGGCUUUACGGAAGAGUGGCCAGAAAAAAGCCAUUGCUUAAAGAAAAAAAUAAGCAAACACGUUUGGUGUUCGCCAAAAGGCAUGUGGGAUACUCCCCAAACAUAUGGAAAAGGUACUCUGGUCAGAUGAGACUAAAAUUGAGCUUUUUCGGCAUCAAGGAAAACGCUAUGUCUGGCGCAAACCCGACACCUCUCAUCAUCCCGAGAACACCAUCCCCACAGUGAAGCAUGGUGGUGGUAGCAUCAUGCUUUGGGGAUGUUUUUCAUCGGCAGGGACUGGGAAACUGGUCAGAAUUGAAGGAAUUAUGGAUGGCGCUAAAUACAGGGAAAUUCAGACCUCAAUACAAUUGAGAAUCUGUGGUAUGACUUAAAGAUUGCUGUACACCAGCGGAACCCAUCCAACUUGAAGGAGCUGGAGCAGUUUUGCUUUGAAGAAUGGGCAAAAUCCCAGUGGCUAGAUGUGCCAAGCUUAUAGAGACAAAGCUCAAGAGACUUGCAGCUGUAAUUGCUGCAGAAGGUGGCUCUACAAAGUAUUGACUUUGGGGGGGUGAAAGUUAUGCACGCUCAAGUUUUGUGUGUUUUUGUCUUAUUUCUUGUUUGUUUCACAAUAAAAAAAUAUUUUGCAUCUUCAAAGUGGUAGGCAUGUUGUGUAAAUCAAAUGAUACAAACCCCCAGAAAAUCAAUUUUAAUUCCAGGUUGUAAGGCAACAAAAUAGGAAAAAUUCCAAGGGGGGUGAAUACUUUCACAAGCCACUGUAGGUGUGCCAGUUUAGGGUUUAAACAAAAAUGUGAAAUGUCUGGGGGGGCCCGAGGAGAUGGUUAGGAUACCCUGCGCUAAUGGAUGGGUUGCACCUGAUUCCUCUCAGCCCUUAUGUCCUGCUGGCAGAUUAAUGUAUUUCCUUGUUUUUGUUUUCGCUGUCUAAUAGGCCAUUAAGUAUUAAGUUCAUUAGAGGAAUGAUUGGGCUUCUGUAAUUGUAGGUCUGGAGGAUCAUCAACUUCAUUAUUGAGUUUUGUAACAAAUAUCUGUAUCGGGCUGGAAAUAGAAUGUCACAAUUAGUGGGGUAAUUGGCAGCGAGGGGCCGUUAUCCUCCUCUCCUCCCUCUCUCUCCUCCCUCCCUCUCUCCUCUCCUCUCCUCUCCUCUCCUCUCCUCUCCUCUCCUCUCCUCUCCCUCUCCUCUCCUCUCCUCUCCUCUCCUCUCCUCUCCUCCUCUCCUCUCCUCUCCUCUCCUCUCCUCUCCUCUCCUCCUCUCCUCUCCUCUCCUCUCCUCUCCUCUCCUCUCCUCUCCUCUCCUCUCCUCUCCUCUCCUCUCCUCUCCAUCUCCUCCCGGGCCCUGUGUCUUUCCCCUGUGUGCCCUCUCUCCCCUCACUCUCUCUCUCUCCCUCUCUACCCCCCCUCUCUCUCUCCCUCCCCCUCUUUCACUCUCUCCUCCUCCCUCACACCCUCCCCCUCGUUCCCUCUCCCCUGUUUAUGUGUUGAUUCUAGCUGAGGUAGGUACAGUACACUGUGUGCAGUGCUUGUCAUCUCUCCAGGGUGUAAUCAAUAUGUGAAACAUGGAGGCAUAUUGGCGGAACAUUAGGUAAACAUGAUUGUUGUGCAGAUGUAAUUAGUAUUGAAUCAGGUCCAAUUAAAAAUAAUAAAGAAGGAGUUAGGCUAGAUAAUGAAGGGUGUUUAUUGUGGAUACAAGAUAGGAUACAUAUCCUAUAGGUCAUAUCAUUAUCUCCAUUCACUGUUGAAUGUAGUACUUUGAGUCCACACACUUUUAUUCAUGAAUUGUCUGGUUUGUGUGUGUGCGUUCGUUAGUGUAUGUGUGGUUGUCAAAGCGUUAGAGCUCAUAGGAAUCUCUAGCUUUAACCUUCCCAUUCACUAUCAGGCCUAUUGUCCUCUGUCCACUCUGUUGCCCCCCUUGUUCUCUGUUUCAUCUCUCGCUUUCUCUCUCUCUCUCUCUCUCUCUCCCUCUCUCUAUCUAUCUCUCUCUCUCUCUCUCUCUCUCUCUCUCUCUCUCUCUCUCUCUCUCUCUCUCUCUCUCUCUCUCUCCUCUCUCUCUCUCUCUCUCUCUCUCUCUCUCUCUCUCUCUCUCUCUCUCUCUAUUUAUCUCUCUUUAUCUCUCUUUUCCCUCUGUUUUCCUUUGUCAUGCUGCGUCUCCCUGCCUCACUUCACCCCUCCCAGAGAGAGAGCCAUUCAUGGUGACGCAGGAGCUGUUUCAUUAGAACCACUGAGAUAGGCAGCAAGGACAGACUACGCCACCGCUGUCUCUCACACACUGUCUCACACACAGACUGUCUCUGUCUGGGAGCAGCACCUGUGUGUGUGUGUGUGUGUGUGUGUGUGUGUGUGUAUGUGUAUGUGUAUGUUGAGACUUGGCUGUUAUUAAAGCUAAGCCCAGACAGCAGUGACCAGCCCCAGAGGCAUGGGUCUGAACAAAGUUUUCCACUCAGGUCAGCUCUGAGCUACAAAUGUUUAGAGUCUGGGAACUGACAUUUUCUAAUAAUACGUUUCUCUGGAGCUGUAGCAGUUGCUAUGUACACUCUGUGUAUCUCCGUCAACUGAGUAAACGGGGGAAGGAAGCCAACUUCUCCUGCUUGUACUUGUACUCUGUUUAGUUAGUGUCCACCAUUGGCUCAGUGUUAACCACUAGCGACAGCUAGAGACAGUGCUACAUUGUGUUGGUGCUUAGUGCUGACCCUAUGGAAAGUAUUGGAGAAGCCUGGGGUGGCUGGGCUGUCAAUGGAAGGGGAAGUCUGGGGCAUGACCACUUGUUUCCAGCACCCGGCAAGCCGGGCCCUGUGCUCAUACUAACAACUCAAAGAAUGAAGGAGAGAGAGAAAGAGAGGGAGUGAGAGGAAAGUAGAGAGAGUGAGACAAAGAGAGAGAGAAAGAGAGUAAGAGAUAGAAAGGGAGUGAGAGAAAGCAAGAUAAAGAAAGAAAGAGAGAGAGUGGGAGACAAGGAGAAGGAGUUAGAGGGAGAGAGAAAAAGAGAGAGGGGGUGAGAGAAGGAGCAAGAGCUGGCUGUUCUUUGCAGCAUGUUUCUCUUUCAGAAUGGAAAGAUCAGCAGUGAAAUGCAGUCAAGUGUUCUCUUGCUUCCUUUGAACACUGUGGUGUGAGUAUGCUAUUUUCACACACUGAAGCUAUUACAUUAUCCAAUGGAGAGACGGCUGCAUUAGUUCCCAAAUACCAGAGAAAUAAGUUGCACGUUGGUCUCCUUGUUCCACUUACUGUGAAUCAGAUGGAGUUACAAUACUGCAUGUUAUGUAUCUCUCUGAUAUUGAUAUCCACUAUUGACAUCAGGUAGUAAUUCCUCCUGCAAUCCUUUAGCCUUUUGAUGAUGUUGUCAUUGUGCUUUUGAGGUUUUUCUUCCCAUCAAGUUUCUUCUGGUAUUGAUAUUAGGGAAUAAUGUCCUGCAAAGCUUUUGCAUGUGUUGUUAUCUUAAUUCUAUAUCAUUUUUUACCAUUUAUUUUAGCUGCUAGCUAAGGAAUGGAGCCCAAGGGUAUGGCUGCCAUUUUACGGGCUCCUAACCAAUUGUGCUAUUUUGUGUGUUUUUUCGCGUUAUUUGUAACUUAUUUUGUACAUAAUGUUUCUAAAACCGUCUCUUAUGACCGAAAAGAGCUUCUGGAUAUCAGAACAGCGAUUACUCACCUCGAACUGGACAAAGAUUUUUUCUUUAACGAGUCGGAUGCGAAGGAUUUACUGCUGAUACCGGACCAGGCCCAAAUCCCCGUAAUUCGUAUGAAGAAGAGACGCCAAUUCAGGUGCCUUGUGAGAAUUCGUCGGCGAGUGGGUAACCCGCCUCUACCAUCCGUCUUAUUGGCCAACGAGCAAUCAUUAGAGAAUAAACCGGAAGAGCUCCGUUCGAGACUAUCCUACCAACGGGACAUUAAAAACUGUAAUAUCUUAUGUUUCACGUCAUGACUGAACGACAUGGAUAAUAUACAGCUGGCUGGGUUUUCCGUGCAUUGGCAAGACAGAACAGCUACCUCCGGUAAGACGAGGGGUGGUGGUCUGUGUCUAUUUCUCAAAAACAGAUGGUGUGCAAAGUCUAAUAUUAAAGAAGUCUCAAGGUUUUGCUCACCUGAGGUAGAGUAUCUAAUGAUAAGCUGUAGACCACACUAUUUACCAAGAGAGUUUUCAUCUAUAUUUUUCAUAGCUUUCUAUUUACCACCACAAACCGAUGCUGGCGCUAAGGCCGCACUCAACGAGCUGUAUAAGGCCAUAAGCAAACAAGAAAAUGAUCAUCCAGAGGUGGCGCUCCUAGUGGCCGGGGACUUUAAUGCAGGAAAACUUAAAUCCGUUUUACCUCAUUUCUACCAGCAUGUCACAUGUGCAACCAGAGGAAAAAAAAAACUCUAGACCACCUUUACUCCACAAACAGAGACGCAUACAAAGCUCUCCCUCGCCCUCCAUUUGGCAAAUCUGACCAUAACUCUAUCCUCCUGAUUCCUGCUUAUAAGCAAAAACUAAAGCAGGAAGCACCAGUGACUCGGUUAAUAAAAAAAGUGGUCAGAUGACGCAGAUGCUAAGCUGCAGGACUGUUUUGCUAGCACAGACAGGAAUAUGUUCCAGGAUUCAUCCGAUGGCAUUGAGGAGUAUACCACCUCAGUCACCGGCUUCAUCAAUAAGUGCAUCGAUGACGUCGUUCCCACAGUGACCGUACGUACAUAUCCCAACCAGAAACCAUGGAUUAAAGGCAACAUCCGCACUGACUCUAACCCGGACGCCUAUAAGAAAUCCUGCUGUGCCCUCCGACGAACCAUCAAACAGCAAAGCGUCAAUACAGGACUAAGAUUGAAUCCUACUGCACCGCCUCUGACGCUUGUCGGAUGUGGCAGAGCUUGCAAACUAUUACGGACGACAAAGGGAAGCCCAGCCACGAGCUGCCCAGUGACACGAGCCUAUCAGACGAGCUAAAUUACUUCUAUGCACGCUUCGAGUCAAGUAACACUGAAGCAUGCAUGAGAGCACCAGCUGUUCCGGACGACUGUGUGAUCACGCUCUCCGUAGCCGAUGUGAGUAAGACCUUUAAACAGGUCAACAUUCACAAGACUGCAGGGCCAGGCGAAUUACCAGGACGUGUACUCUGAGCAUGCGCUGACCAACUGGCAAGUGUCUUCACUGACAUUUUCAACCUGUCCCUGACCGAGUCUGUAAUACCUACAUGUUUCAAGUAGACCACCAUAGUCCCUGUGCCCAAGAACACCAAGCUAACCUGCCUAAAUGACUACCGAUCCGUAGCACUUACGUAUGUAGCCAUGAAGUGCUUUGAAUGGCUGGUCAUGGCUCACAUCAACACCAUCAUCCCAGAAACCCUAGACCCACUCCAAUUUGCACACCGACCCCAACAGUUCCACUGUUGACAUUGCACUCCACACUGCCCUUUCCCACCUGGACAAAAGGAACACCUACGUGAGAAUGCUGUUCAUUGACUACAGCUCAGCGUUCAACACCAUAGUGCCCUUAAAGCUCAUCACUAAGCUAAGGACCCUGGGACUAAACACCUCCCUCUGCAACUGGAUCCUGGACUUCCUGAUGGGCCGCCCCCAGGUGGUAAAGGUAGGCAACAACACAUCCGCCACACUGAUCCUGAAAAUGAUCGCCCCUCAGGGGUGUGUGCUUAGUCCCCUCCUAUACUCCCUGUUCACCCACGACUGCAACACCAUCAUUAAGAUUGCCGAUGACACAACGGUGGUAGGCCUGAUCACCGACAACAAUGAUACAGCCUAUAGGGAGGAGGUCAGAAACCAAUGUGAGCAAGACAAGGGAGAUUAUCGUGGACUACAGGAAAAGGAUGGCAGAGCACGCCCCCAUUCUCAUCGACGGGGCUGUAGUGGAACAGGUCUAGAGUUUCAAGUUCCUUGGUGUUCACAUCACCAACAAACUAUCAUGGUCCAAACACUCCAAGACAGUUGUGUAGAGGGCACGACAACGCCUUUUCCCCCUCAGGAGACUGAAAAGAUUUGGCAUGGGUCCUCAGAUCCUCAAAAAGUUAUACAGCUGCACCAUCGAGAGCAUCCUGACUGGUUGCAUCACCGCAUGGUAUGGCAACUGCUCGGCAUCCGACCGCAAGGCGCUAAGUAGUGCGUAUGGCCCAGUACAUCACUGGGGCCAAGGUUCUUGCCAACCAGGACCUCUAUACCAGGCGGUGUCAGAGGACGGCCCUAAAAAUUGCCAAAGACUCCAGCCACCCUAGUCAUAGACUGUUCGCUUUGCUACCACACGGCAAGCGGUACCGGAGCGGCAAGUCUAGGUCCAAAGGGUUCCUUAACAGCUUCUACCACCAAGCCAUAAGAAUGCUGAACAGCUAAUCAAAUGGCUACCCGGACUAUUUGCAUUGAUCCCCCCCCCCCCCCUUUUUUACGCUGCUACUACUCGCUGUUUAUUAUCUAUGCAUAGUCACUUUACCCCUACCUACAUGUACAUAUUACCUCAAUUACCUCGACUAACCUGUACCCUCGCACAUUGACUCGAUACCGGUACCCCCUGUGUAUAUAGCCUCGUUAUUGUUAUUCUAUUGUGUUACUUUUUUCUACUUUAGUUUAUUUAAGAAAUAUUUUCUUAACUCUUAUUUUUCUUAAAACUGCAUUGUUGGUUAAGGACUUGUAAGUAAGCAUUUCACAGUAAGGUCUACACCUGUUGUAUUCGGUGCAUGUGACAAAUACAAUUUGAUUUGAUUUGAUUUAACUAUAAACAGUUGGACUGCAAUAAACUAAAUGAGUGUGGUCUCUCCAGUCCACAUUAAGUGUUGGGCCACACUGACUUGACACACAAGAGGGGGAAAAAACUAUGGAGGUAAAAAAAGAGGCUGGGAAUGAAAUCCAGUGUUCGAUAACCGACUUAAUAACUCUGUCAAGAGAAUGUAACUAAUUACCAACCUGUUGCACUGUGUGUCUCGCCUCUCAAGUCCACAUCUGAAUCCCCACUCUGUCUCCUCCUGAUAAACGAAUACCUCUUAAUGUGUGAUCAUUCUCCUGGAAGGAGACCCCUGCCCCCUGGAGGCCCCUGGGGGCCUCUCAACAACCACCUCAGCUGGUCACUGAGCAUCUGAGUGUGAGUCAUUAUCAGGCCUCUCGGCUACAGACGCUCUCCACAGACCUCUCCUCUCUCAGAGAGAAAGAGAGAGAGAGGGAGAGAGAGAGAGAGCAGGAUAGACAGACAGACCAGUAUUUAACAUCUAGGCUCUGUGGUGGGCCAGCCUUGGAGGCGGUAGAGGACAGUCAGAGACAGACACACAGGCAGAGGGGUCUUGAUUCUCAGCCUGUCCACGCUCCGCUCACAACACAGUUCCUCUCUGAUUGGCGUCUGAUUGAUAGAUCUCUGUUACAAGCCCACAAACCCAUUGGAGAUCCACUACUUCAGUUGGCUGGAUAUGUUGGAGAUCUAGUCUUUAGUCUAUGAGCCAGACAGCCUCUCUCUCCUACUAGGAGUAUGAGUAGGGUUUGGGGGUUUUCCUGACCAUAUGACUGGAGUAGUAACUCUGGGCUAAUGUUAUACAUAGACUAUAACUAGGCCUGGCCCUACCAGCUGCUGUGAGCCUAGGGAAAUGAUAUUUCUCCCUUCUACCUCCCACCCUAGUGUCUCAGUGAAGGAGGGUGAGAUGGGAUGCAGCAUCCGUCCUGUGUACUAUCAUUGUGCCUCUGCACCCUCUGUAUGUGACAUCAUGAUGCCUUAUUAUGAUGUCCUCUGUUGUGUUUGAUGUGUUCCAGGAAGCAGGAACUGCUGACCAUCUCCAACGUGCCCUUGGGAGAUUGCCCCCCCUCGCCCCCCCGCACUGCACCGCCCACCAUGAAGGUAGGACACGUACCACCUCAUGCCCGUCUCACUCAUCAUACCAUUUUCACACUACCGAGCCAAGUUGAACCGAGCCAAGCUGGCCUGGUUACCCAUCCACCAUAGUUGAUGGAACCGUGCUGGAUAGGACAGUGUGGAAAGUAAAUCCCCAAGUGAGCAUGGUAUUGUUUGGCUCUGUGCAAUAGUGAGAAAAACUGAAAAUGGUGUCAGUGCACUGUCUGAACCUGGCCAAUCAGAACACCUCUGAGAGGAACAAUGGUAGCGCUACCAUGGUAACAAUGGUAGCGACUUACAAUAAGUUCAUCCAACAAAGGCCAGUGAAACAGCCUCAUAGAACCAUCAGUGCAAAUUGAACCCUCAUCAAAAAAUAUGUCUUGGUAUUGCAAUCAUCACAGGAAUAAGGUAGCUUAGUCAGUGGUGACAGAACACCACACUGACUGGGCCUGGGAGUAGACUCUAGAUGCGUCCCAAAUGGCACCCUAUUCCCUAUAUAGUGCACUACCUUUUGACCAGAGCCUGGUCAAAAGUAGUGCACUAUAAAAGGAAUAGUGUGUAGGACGCAUAGUGAGUCAGCUCUAUGAGGCCUGAUGGGCUUAAUUCACUAUUCAUAGAGGGUAACUCUUUAGAGGUCAUUGUGGAGACUAGAUUGAGGCAGAGGGAGGUGCCAGGUUCAAUAGGAUCUAACACUUGUCUUUCUGUGGACUAUUUUAAUGUAGGGCCUUUAUUUAUUUAUUUAUAUAUAUACAGUAUAGAUACAGCUGCUGAAAAAAUUAAGAGACCACUGCAUAAUUAUCAGUUUCUCAGGUUUUACUAUUUAUAGGUAUGUGUUUGGGUAAAAAUAACAUUUUUGUUUUAUUCUAUAAACUACUGACAACAUUUCUCCCAAAUUCCAAAUAAAAAUAUUGUCAUUUAGAGCAUUUAUUUGCAGAAAAUGACAACUGGUCAAAAUAACAAAAAAGAUGCAGUGUUGUCAGACCUUGAAUAAUGCAAAGAAAAUAAGUUCAUGUUCAUUUUUAAACAACACAAUACUAAUGUUUUCACUUAAGAAGAGUUCAGAAAUCAAUAUUUGGUGGAAUAACCCUGAUUUUCAAUCACAGCUUUCAUGCGUCUUGGCAUGCUCUCCACCAGUCUUUCACAUUGAUGUUGGAUGACUUUAUGCCACUCCUGGCGCAAAAAUUCAAGCAGCUCGGCUUUGUUUGGUGGCUUGUGACCAUCCAUCUUCCUCUUGAUCACAUUCCAGAAGUUUUCGAUGGGGUUCAGGUCUGGAGAUUGGGCUGGCCAUGACAGGGUCUUGAUCUGGUAGUCCUCCAUCCACACCUUGCUUGACCUGGCUGUGUGGCAUGGCUUAUUGUCCUGCUGGAAAAACCAAUCCUCAGAGUUGGGGAACAUUGUCAGAGCAAAAGGAAGCAAGUUUUCUUCCAGGAUAACCUUGUACGUGGCUUGAUUCAUGCGUACUUCACAAAGACAAAUCUGCCCGAUUCCAGCCUUGCUGAAGCACCCCCAGAUCAUCACCGAUCCUCCACCAAAUUUCACAGUGAGUGCGAGACACUGUGGCUUGUAGGCCUCUCCAGGUCUCCAUCUAACCAAUAGAUGACCAGGUGUUGGGCAUAGCUGAAAAUUGGACUCAUCAGAGAAGAUGACCUUACUCCAGUCCUCUACGGUCCAAUCCUUAUGGUCUUUUGCAAACCUCAGCCUGGCUCUUCUUUGCUUCUCAUUGAUGAAGGGCUUUUUUCUAGCUUUGCACAACUUCAGCCCUGCCCCUAGGAGCCUGUUUUGAACCGUCCUCGCCGUGCACUUCACCCCAGCUGCCGUUUGCCAUUCUUUUUGUAGGUCACUUGAUGUCAUCCUACGGUUGUUGAGUGACAUUCGAAUGAGUUGGCGGUCAUCCUGGUCAGUCGAGAGUCGUUUUCGCCCUCUGCCGGUCUGUAGCUUUGUUGUCCCCAAUGUCUGCUGCUUGACCUUGUUCUUAUGAACCGCCGUCUUUGAAAUUUUAAGGAUGGAAGCAACCUGAUGCUCACUGUAUCCCUCUGUCAGUAAAGCCAGAAUUGAACCCUUCUUUUCCUCACUCAAAACGUUCCUUUUCAACUCUUUUGGCAUGGUCAAUAGUUAUUUUUUGAUUAAUAUUACUUUUGAGGUACUAUUAGCACUGUUUUUGCCAUCCAGCUGGUCAUACAUGUAGAGAUGCUGAUUAAAGAAACAUUUGCAGUGGUCUCUUAAUUUUUUUCACAGCUGUAUCUAUAUAUAUAUCUAUAUAUAUCUAUAUAUAUAGCGAGAUGAGAUAGAGAGCAGAGAGAGAGAGAAGGAGAAUCGCGAGAGUCGAGGAGAGAGCAGAGAGAUAGAAGAAGACGUGCGAUGACGCUCGGACCCGCGAGAGAGAUAGCACUCGCCGAUGCGCUAUCUCCACUCCUCCGAGAGAUCUGCGACCUCGCUCUCGCUCUACGAGGGAUAGAGAGCGAGCUAGAGAGAGAGAGGAGAGAGAGAGAGAGAGGAGGAGACACAGGGAGAGAGAGAGACACAGAGAGACAAGAGAGACACAGAGAGAAGAGCACCCAGCGAGAAAGCGCGGACAGAGCGAGAGAGAGGGGUACCCAGCUAAAGAGUGAGAGAGAGAGUAUACUGUUAGACAACAACUACCUGAAGUGAAAAAGCUGAAGAAUCUGUGCGCUCUCCAAUUACAAUAAAAGUGUUUUAAAAUGUAUUCUGCCCCGAUAAGAGAAACAGACUGCGCUUAAAGGUAGAUUGAAUAAACGAUAAAAGAGAAAUAGAUGGUUUUCUGUGAAGGAUGCUGUGUAGUGUCACCUUGAAGCAGGCUGGCCCCUGUUAUCUAGUCUGCAAGGAGAAGGACGAGAGAUAAACAAGGAAGUGGGAGAGAAGAGGAACGAGGGAGUUAAGGAAUAAAAAGUGUAGCAUACAGAGGAAUAGAAAGAGAGAUAUAAAGAAAGAGAGAAGAAGAGGAUAGGGAAUCACUAUGGCACAGAGAUGGGGAGCUCAAUCAUUAUCUAUACUAUAUCCUAUAGUGUACAUAUAGUGCUAUUAUUAUACAUACUACCUCUUCUAUUACUUAUUCUUUUUUCUUUAUUAUUGCUUAUUGUACUGUAAUGUUGAGGGAGCUAGCACACAAGCAUUUUGCUGCACCUUUUAUACCUGCUGUAAACUGUGUACGUAACAAAUACAAUUUGAUUAGAUGUUAUAUUAUUCAUAAUCAAUCACUUGAUCAGUUAUUUACACAGUGUGAUGAUACUGACUGGGUAUUUAAAGCAAAACUAAAGGCAAUAAACAACUUCUCUGAUAGAAAACAGCCUAUAUGGCAUCGAUGUUAGUCAGAAACAUUUAAUCUAGUUUCAAAAUGGACUACAAAGUGUAAAUAGGAUAAUUUUGUACAUAAAGUCUAAACGGAGUUUUGUAAGUGAGUCAUGACUUACUUGAGGGCUGGGUUUUGUUUUCGACAAUGCUCACUUGCCCACUAACACAGGAUACAUGGCUGCGGUGAUUGUGCUCUAUCCAGUCCUACCGCAGAACACACAUACAGUACAGUAAGACAGACCUGCCCAUCAGAGCAGCGGAUCUGACUUUGUUUACACAAGACAACACGUUGUGCAUUUUUUUACUUGAGAAAUAAUGCACCAAACUCCUUAGCUGGAUAUAUAUAAUAUAAUAUAAUUACACUAUAAAAAAAUUGAAAAUCUUAGAUUCAUUCUGACUAUUUUGGAGGAAGUAAUACUGGCUUUGUUCACAUGGUGUCUCGUGGGGGACAAACAUCAGUACAGUGGGGGAAAAAAGUAUUUAGUCAGCCACCAAUUGUGCAAGUUCUCCCACUUAAAAAGAUGAGAGAGGCCUGUAAUUUUUAUCAUAGGUACACGUCAACUAUGACAGACAAAUUGAGAAAAUAAAUUCCAGAAAAUCACAUUGUAGGAUUUUUAAUGAAUUUAUUUGCAAAUUAUGGUGGAAAAUAAGUAUUUGGUCACCUACAAACAAGCAAGAUUUCUGGCUCUCACAGACCUGUAACUUCUUCUUUAAGAGGCUCCUCUGUCCUCCACUCGUUACCUGUAUUAAUGGCACCUGUUUGAACUUGUUAUCAGUAUAAAAGACACCUGUCCACAACCUCAAACAGUCACACUCCAAACUCCACUAUGGCCAAGACCAAAGAGCUGUCAAAGGACACCAGAAACAAAAUUGUAGACCUGCUCCAGGCUGGGAAGACUGAAUCUGCAAUAGGUAAGCAGCUUGGUUUGAAGAAAUCAACUGUGGGAGCAAUUAUUAGGAAAUGGAAGACAUACAAGACCACUGAUAAUCUCCCUCGAUCUGGGGCUCCACCCGUGGGGUCAGAAUGAUCACAAGAACGGUGAGCAAAAAUCCCAGAACCACACGGGGGGACCUAGUGAAUGACCUGCAGAGAGCUGGGACCAAAGUAACAAAGCCUACCAUCAGUAACACACUACGCCGCCAGGGACUCAAAUCCUGCAGUGACAGACGUGUCCCCCUGCUUAAGCCAGUACAUGUCCAGGGCCGUCUGAAGUUUGCUAGAGUGCAUUUGGAUGACCCAGAAGAGGAUUGGGAGAAUGUCAUAUGGUCAGAUGAAACCAAAAUAGAACUUUUUGGUAAAAACUCAACUUGUCGUGUUUGGAGGACAAAGAAAGAGCAUUGAAGAUGAAACGUGGCUGGGUCUUUCAGCAUGACAAUGAUCCCAAACACACCGCCCAGGCAACGAAGGUGUGGCUUCGUAAGAAGCAUUUCAAGGUCCUGGAGUGGCCUAGCCAGUCUCCAGAUCUCAACCCCAUAGAAAAUCUUUGGAGGGAGUUGAAAGUCCGUGUUGCCCAGCGACAGCCCCAAAACAUCACUGCUCUAGAGGAGAUCUGCAUGGAGGAAUGGGCCAAAAUACCAGCAACAGUGUGUGAAAACCUUGUGAAGACUUACAGAAAACGUUUGACCUGUGUCUUUGCCAACAAAGGGUAUAUACAGUGGGGAGAACAAGUAUUUGAUACACUGACGAUUUUGCAGGUUUUCCUACUUACAAAGCAUGUAGAGGUCUGUAAUUUGUAUCAUAGGUACACUUCAACUGUGAGAGACGGAAUCUAAAACAAAAAUCCAGAAAAUCACAUUGUAUGAUUUUUAAGUAAUUAAUUUGCAUUUUAUUGCAUGACAUAAGUAUUUGAUCACCUACCAACCAGUAAGCAUUCCGGCUCUCACAGACCUGUUCGUUUUUCUUUAAGAAGCCCUCCUGUUCUCCACUCAUUACCUGUAUUAACUGCACCUGUUUGAACUCAUUACCUGUAUAAAAGACACCUGUCCACACACUCAAUCAAACAGACUCCAACCUCUCCACAAUGGCCAAGACCAGAGAGCUGUGUAAGGACAUCAGGGAUAAAAUUGUAGACCUGCACAAGGCUGGGAUGGGCUACAGGACAAUAGGCAAGAAGCUUGGUGUGAAGGCAACAACUUUUGGCGCAAUUAUAAGAAAAUGGAAGAAGUUCAAGAUGACGGUCAAUCACCCUCGGUCUGGGGCUCCAUGCAAGAUCUCACCUCGUGGGGCAUCAACGAUCAUGAGGAAGGUGAGGGAUCAGCCCAGAACUACACGGCAGGACCUGGUCAAUGACCUGAAGAGAGCUGGGACCACAGUCUCAAAGAAAACCAUUAGUAACACACUACGCCGUCAUGGAUUCAAUUCCUGCAGCGCACGCAAGGUCCCCCUGCUCAAGCCAGCGCAUGUCCAGGCCCGUCUGAAGUUUGCCAAUGACCAUCUGGAUGAUCCAGAGGAGGAAUGGGAGAAGGUCAUGUGGUCUGAUGAGACAAAAAUAGAGCUUUUUGGUCUAAACUCCACUCGCCGUGUUUGGAGGAAGAAGAAGGAUGAGAACAACCCCAAGAACACCAUCCCAACCGUGAAGCAUGGAGGUGGAAACAUCAUUCUUUGGGGAUGCUUUUCUGCAAAGGGGACAGGACUACUGCACCGUGUUGAGGGGAGGAUGGAUGGGGCCAUGUGUAUCGCGAGAUCUUGGCCAAAAACCUCCUUCCCUCAGUAAGAGCAUUGAAGAUGGGUCGUGGCUGUGUCUUCCAGCAUGACAACGACCCGAAACACACAGCAAGGGCAACUAAGGAGUGGCUCCGUAAGAAGCAUCUCAAGGUCCUGGAGUGGCCUAGCCAGUCUCCAGACCUGAACCCAAUAGAAAAUCUUUGGAGGGAGCUGAAAGUCCUUAUUGCCCAGCGACAGCCCCGAAACCUGAAGGAUCUGGAGAAGGUCUGUAUGGAGGAGUGGGCCAAAAUCCCUGCUGCAGUGUGUGCAAACCUGGUCAAGACCUACAGGGAACGUCUGAUCUCUGUAAUUGCAAACAAAGGUUUCUGUACCAAAUAUUAAGUUCUGCUUUUCUGAUGUAUCAAAAACUUAUGUCAUGCAAUAAAAUGCAAAGUAAUUACUUAAAAAUCAUACAAUGUGAUUUUCUGGAUUUUUGUUUUAGAUUCUGUCUCUCACAGUUGAAGUGUACCUAUGAUAAAAAUUACAGACCUCUACAUGCUUUGUAAGUAGGAAAACCUGCAAAAUCGGCAGUGUAUCAAAUACUUGUUCUCCCCACUGUAACAAAGUAUUGAGAAACUUUUGUUAUUGACCAAAUACUUAUUUUCCACCAUAAUUUGCAAAUAAAUUCAUUAAAAAUCCUACAAUGUGAUUUUCUGGAGAAAAAAAAUCUCAUUUUGUCUGUCAUAGUUGACAUGUACCUAUGAUGAAAAUUACAGGCCUCUCUCAUCUUUUUAAGUGGGAGAACUUGCACAAUUGGUGGCUGACUAAAUACUUUUUUUCCCCACUGUAGCUCCCACAUCGAACCACACCCCCAAGACUGAAGUCUAGUUUUUCUUAAUGAGCAACAGAGAAACACAUGCGGAAUCGGUGCGUUCAGACACUCUUUAAAGUUCCAGUAUGUAGCUUUGUGGGCAACCCAACAAAUUCCCAUACAAAUGUGAGUUAUAGAUCUGUCAUUCUCAUUGAAAGUCAAUAUGACAAGCAGUGGAUCUAUUCUAUGCGCACUAUUUCUAUGCUUACCAAUGCAAUGACAUCAUCUGGUUGUAAUGACAUAAUUUGCACCCAAUUCUGCCCGCUGGGUUGUGCUACUCACUGGUAGUAGCUGGUGUGGCAUAGCAUGUUUGUUGUUGUUCCAGACGUCUCUAGUAGUAUAGUGAAGCUGCUGAUCCUCCUGGGUACCUACAGGCCUGCCAGGCUGACACCUUUCUGAUAGAGUUCUUCUGUGUGUGUGUGUGUGUGUGUGUGUGUGUGUGUGUGUGUGUGUGUGUGUGUGUGUGUGUGUGUGUGUGUGUGUGUGUGUGUGUGUGUGUGUGUGUCUGUGUGUGUGUGUGCGUGCGCGUGCACGUGCGUGUGUGUGUGUGUGUGUAAGGAACCACUCCCGAGUCUCAAGCCUUCCUCAUUCUAAGACAAAAGAAAGUGUGUAAGUAGCCUAUUGAAAUUGUUCCAUAGUUCCUUGUCCUGAACCAGAGGCAGGGAUUAAAAUGAUAAGGGUGAAUGAGGAUGACAGUAAAUGUCUGUGGACACACAGGCAGGACCUGUUACACUUAGUCAGUGUACAACAAAACUUGACUUUCCUGUUUGUAGCUUUGAAUGAAAUAAGAGAAAGCUGAACAUAGCAGAGAGCACUAAUUUCUCACAUUCUCCAUGGAGAAAGUGAAGGGCGAGGGAGAUUUUGUUUGAAGAAAGGGUUGUUUCAAGCAGAUAUAAAUGAAAUGAAGGAGGUGAAGACCAUGUCAUGAAAGAAGAAGAAGAAGAGAGAGAAAACUGUUUUUGUUGAAUAAACUGUGGAAAUCUUUUUCUAGUCCGACUGAGGAGCCAGAGGAGGUACGUGUAUAUUGCAGUGUUGUGUUGUGCUAAAGGAGGACUUGAUGACAGCACACUCUAAUACUGUGUGACUGCUUCAUUUGUAAAGAGGUGACAACUGGUACAUUUGGUUGAGAGAAACAUCUGCGCAGGCAAAAACUAAGUGUGAUUGAAAGAGGGUUUGCAAUGGGGAAAGGUAUGCUUGUGUCUAUGCUGCUGACGGUAAAAGACUAGGGACACAGGCACGCGCGCAUGCACACACACUGCACUGUUGGAGCUAGAAACACAAACAUUUCGCUGCAUCUGUGAUAAUAUCUGCAAAUCUGUGUACACAACCAAUAACACAUGAUUGGAUUUGACACACACACACACGGUCUGAGAACCCCUGCUGCCUCUCUGGAGCUCUGUGGUUCUGGUUCUAUCUCCACCCAGGCUAGCGGAAUGCUAACAGAAUGCUAACAAUGACUUAGGUACUGUUCUUAGCUCUUAUCAGGGAUCAUUAGGAAGAGCUCCCAGACUUUAUCGUACAUUAUGGCUUACUGUCUGUCCUGCUAAUUCCAAAAGUUUAGUAGUUGAGUUACGCAUUGCCUCUGCAGAAGGUUUAGUAAUGCAGAUAUUUCUUAUAUGCGAUAAGAGUUGCAUUACCACCAGAUAAUAAGACCUAGUUUGACAGGUUUUACUUUCAAGUGUAUUCAAUGGUAUGUCAAUGGCGCAUUUCCAAGCAGGAUUUACCCCAGUGUUUUACCCAAAAGGCUUAGACUUUUCUGUUUCCAUCUACGCGAGCCCGAACCCGUGUCUCACUGGGCCAUGGCUCUGGUGGACCUGCUCUCACUUGGGGCCAAAGCUAGGUCACUGGUACUUUUCAGUUAGCAUUUACAUAACAAAGGCUAACUGUGGACUUUAACACCUUCUCACAAAGCAACUGUUUUGAUUAUGCAGAGGUUGCUGAUUCUGCUCUUCACAAGUCCUCACUGUCAGCCCUAGCUAUGAAAACACAAUUUCCCCAGUUUAACAUAAGGGUGUACAGUGCCUUGCAAAAGUAUUCAUCCCCCUUGGCGUUUUUCCUAUUUUGUUGCAUUACAACCUGUAAUUUAAAUUGAUUUUUAUUUGGAUUUCAUGUAAUGGACAUACACAAACUAGUCCAAAUUGGUGAAGUGAAAUGAAAAAAAUAACUUGUUUAAAAAAAUUCAAAUAAAUACAUUACUGAAAAGUGGUGGCACAACCAAUUACCUUCAGAAGUCACAUAAUUUGUUAAAUAAAGUCCACCUGUGUGCAAUGAUGUCACAUGAUCUCAGUAUAUAUACACCUGUUCUGAAAGAACCCAGAGUCUGCAACACCACCAAGCAAGGGGCACCACCAAGCAAGCGGUACCUGAUCACCGACAACGAUGAGACAGCCUAUAGGGAGGAGGUCAGAGAUCUGGCCGUGUGGUGCCAGGACAACAACCUCUCCCUCAACGUGACCAAGACAAAGGAGAUGAUUGUGGACUACAGGAAAAAAAAGAGGACUGAGCACGCCCCCAUUCUCAUCGACGGGGCUGUAGUGGAACAGGUUGAGAGCUUCAAGUUCCUUGGUGUCCACAUCACCAACGAACUAUCAUGGUCCAAACACACCAAGACAGUCGUGAAGAGGGCACGACAAAGCCUAUUCCCCCUCAGGAGACUAAAAAGAUUUGGCAUGGGUCCUCAGAUCCUCAAAAAAUUCUACAGCUGCACCAUCGAGAGCAUCCUGACUGGUUGCAUCACCGCCUGGUAUGGCAACUGCUUGGCCUCUGACCGCAAGGCACUACAGAGGGUAGUGCGUACGGCCCAGUACAUCACUGGGGCAAAGCUCCCUGCCAUCCAGGACCUCUAUACCAGGCGGUGUCAGAGGAAGGCCCUCAAAAUUGUCAAAGACUCCAGUCACCCUAGUCAUAGACUGUUCUCUCUGCUACCGCACGGCAAGCGGUACCGGAGUGCCAAGUCUAGGUCCAAAAGACUUCUCAACAGCUUCUACCCCCAAGCCAUAAGACUCCUGAACAGCUAAUCAUGGCUACCCGGACUAUUUGCACUGCCCCCCCCACCCCAUCCUUUUUACGCUGCUGCUACUCUGUUAAGUAUUUAUGCAUAGUCACUUUAACUCUACCCACAUGUACAUAUUACCUCAACUAGCCGGUGCCCCCGCACAUUGACUAUGCAACGGGACCCCCCUGUAUAUAUAGCCUCCCUACUGUCACUUUAUUCUAUUGUAUAUAUAGCCUCCCUACUGUCACUUUAUUUUUUACUUCUGCUCUUUUUUUCUCAACACUUUUUUGUUGUUGUUUUAUUCUUACUUUUUUGUUUAAAAUAAAUGCACUGUUGGUUAAGGGCUGUAAGUAAGCAUUUCACUGUAAUGUCUGCACCUGUUGUAUUCGGCGCAUGUGACCAAUAAAAUUUGAUUUGAUUUGAUUUGAAGACCAAGGAGCUCUCCAAACAGGUCAGGGACAAAGUUGUGGAGAAGUACAGAUCAGGGUUGGGUUAUAAAAAAAUAUCAGAAACUUUGAACAUCCCACAGAGCACCAUUAAAUCCAUUAUUUAAAAAAUUGAAAGAAUAUGGCACCACAACAAACCUGCCAAGAGAGGGCCGCCUACCAAAACUCACGGACCAGGCAAGGAGGGCAUUAAUCAGAGAGGCAUCAAAGAGAUCAAAGAUAACCCUGAAGGAGCUGCAAAGCUCCACAGCGGAGAUUGGAGUAUAUGUCCAUUGGACCACUUUAAGCCAUACAAUCCACAGAGCUGUGCUUUAUGGAAGAGUGUCCAGAAAAAAGCCUUUGCUUAAAGAAUAAAAUAAGCAAACACGUUUGGUGUUCACCAAAAGGCAUGUGGGAGACUCCCCAAACAUAUGGAAAAAGGUACUCUGGUCAGAUGAGACUAAAAUUGAGCUUUUUAGCCAUCAAGGAAAACACUAUGUCUGGCGCAAACCCAACACCUCUCAUCACCUCGAGGACACCAUCCCCACAGUGAAGCAUGGUGGUGGCAGCAUGUGGGGAUGUUUGUCAUCGGCAGGGACUGGGAAACUGGUCAGAAUUGAAGGAAUGAUGGAUGGCGCUAAAUACAGGCAAAUUCUUGAGGGAAACCUGUUUCAGUCUUCCAGAGAUUUGAGACUGGGACGACGGUUCACCUUCCAGCAGGACAAUGACCCUAAGCAUACUGCUAAAGCAACACGGGUGGUUUAAGGGGAAACAUUGAAAUGUCUUGGAAUGGCCUAGUCAAAGCCCAGACCUCAAUCCAAUUGAGAAUCUGUGGUAUGACUUAAAGAUUGCUGUACACCAGCAGAACCCAUCCAACUUGAAGGAGCUAAAGCAGUUUUGCCUUGAAGAAUGGGCAAAGAUCCCAGUGGCUAGAUGUGCCAAGCUUAUAGAGACAUACCCCAAGAGACUUGCAGCUGUAAUUGCUGCAAAAGGUGGCUCUACAAAGUAUUGACUUUGGGGGGGGUGAAUAGUUUUGCACGCUCAAGUUUUCUGUUUUUUUGUCUUAUUUCUUGUUUGUUUAAAAAAAUAAAAUAUUUUGCAUCUUCAAAGUGGUAGGCAUGUUGUAUAAAUCAAAUGAUACUAACCCCCCAAAAAAUCAAUUUUAAUUCCAGGCUGUAAGGCAACAAAAUAGGAAAAAUGCCAAGGUGGGUAAAUACUUUCACAAGCCACUGUAUAUAAUACACUAGUGGAACACUGGUGUUACAGUCAAAAAACAGCACUAGUGCUGUGUCCUCUGGGUGAAUAUUGGUUACGUUUUGUGCGCUUGGAGACCGUGGUGUUUGAAUCCUCCCAAUGACAGUCCUUCCCUCUAAUCUUGGUGUGGACAGCGCCGGGCGCAGCAGGUUGCCCCGGGAGAUAAGAGUUGUUGCUGAGCUCUGCUGAGUCUCUGUGGAAGGCCAGGCAGUAAAGGGCAGAGAGAGAGAAAGAGAGAGAGGGAGCGAGACAGAGGGGAAGAUACAUAUAUAUAUAUAUAUAUAUAUAUAUAUAUAUAGAGAGAGAGAGAGAGAGAAGAGAGAGAGAGAAGAGCCAAGAUGAAGGAGAGGAGAGAGGAGAUGAACGAUCAUCUCUCUCUCUCCUUGAGAGAUCUCUCCCUCUCUCAUUCUCUCUCUCUCCUACUAGAGAAGAUAGAUAGACAGACAUAUUGGUAUUUAACAUCUAGGCUCUGUGGUGGGCCAGCCUUGGAGGCAGUAGAGGACAGACAGACCGAUCUCUUACACCUUGGUUCUCAGCCUGUCCACGCUCCGCUCACGAGACGGUUCCUCUCUGAUUGGCGUCUGAUUCAUAGAUCUCUGUCUGGCCCCUAGGAGGCCCCCCACGGGCCCCAGUGGCCCUCAGCAGUUCUCUCACCUCAGACGGGGGACGACGAUGAAUCACCAAGGUUACAGUGCCCAUCUGUAGGUCUGUGUGAGCCUGGCUCUCUGUGUUGACUCUGUGGGACUAGCUGUGUGGGUUUAGGACUCUGUGGCAGGUUAAUGUAUAACUAAAGGAUAACUCCCACUGCACUGACAGCUGUGGGAUUAGCAUGUUCACCUGAGCUCAGGUGGAUUGGAUAUCCCGGUGCUAAAGUAAAAAUAUGUUUUUACUGCUGUGAAAUGGAUAAUUUCCCUGGUUUUCCUGGUUUACAGAGUACCAGGUUGUAUAUCUAAAGGUAAGACAUGGGUUUUCCAGGUCUUGGUGUGUUUAGUGGUAUUGCUGGUGGUGUUCGACUAUGAUAUAACAUGUUGCUGUAAUGCCGUGGGUUUAAUGGCUGUGUUGAUAAGGGGAAAUCAGUACCUGUGUAGAUAGGAAGCAGUAAUGUCAGUGUGACUCAUUGAAGCUCACACCUUUCAAAGCAUUUGUGUUUAGCUUUGUCAUUAGUGUCUGCAUAAAAUAUUACAUAAAAAGUACAUUUAAAUGCCAUUAGGCUCACUGUAUGUAAAGGGUCUACUUAACAUAGGUUCUACUUAAUAAUUUUUUGGGGGAAGGAAAUCUAUUUCACUCAUAUUGUAAUUAAUAGUAGGUCAUAUUUCCUAGAAAUCUUGGACAGCUACUUUAAGUAUAAUGGGAUCAUGUGUUAAUGACAACUUUACUUCCUGAUCUCCACUCUCAUUGAGCUCAGAGUGGUCCCUAUAUUGACAUUAGUUAAUUGAAUUGUUUGAUGGUUAUUACAAUAAUAAUAAUGCACUACAUUUAUUACCAAUAUUUAGUUGUCUGUACUUUCAUUCUUUACAUUUAUUCCAUCAUCCUGUCAGUAAGAUUUUGACCCAGAACUUCAGUAUAGUUUCAUAGAAAGCAUAUGUGUGUGCCAGGAGCACAACAACAGCCCAUUCUUUUUCUUGAGUGACUGUUUUGAGGAAGUGGAGUAGGCUUGCUUAUCUGUGUUUGUAUAAUAUACUGUACAUAUGGGUGUGAGAGGGUGUAGGACAGUCCUUCCUUAUCUGCUCUGACUCAGCUCAAUGAGCCCUUAUUGAGAACCAGUGUGGAAAUGCUGCUAGCUGGAGAUGAUCGUGGUGUGAUAAUUGUAGAUACUGGGUUUGAGAAGUUUCAGGUCACGUUCAAGGCUACAUUGCAGACUGCCCAGUCAGGCAUCAGAUUGCUAUUUCACAUGAUGUGGUUAGCUCGUGUACAUCUCAAUGUAGUCAGCCUGGAACGCAGCCUUAGUGACCAGACCUCUCUCCAUUUCCAUAGAAAUACCCAGAAACCCCUUGGUCACACAUAAACCAUCUCACACUGGUGUGAUGCUUUGUGGACAUCACAAAUCCAUACCUCAACCUAUAGCAAAUUAACCCUAAUUGAAAAUAUCCGCCAUUAAUUAAUUUAGUGCUUAUUUGGGGAAUAAAGUGCACUCCACUUAUAGUGAUCACAUUGGUCCAGGUUAACUUGAUACACUCUAACCGCAUUCACUAUAACUGUAUGACAUUGUGGUAAAAUAAUCACCUCUGUUUGUUUCAGUCUGCCGAGUUCUUCGACAUGCUGGAAAGGAUGCAGGUAAGACUCCUCCCUCUUCUCUCUUCUUCCUCUUCUCUCUCCUCCCUCUUCCUCUUCCUUCUCUCCUUCCUUCUCUUCUCGCUAAGUUCCACACUGCUGCUGGCAUGGACAGGGUGGUGAAAGCACGACACGUUCAUCACUUCCUGAGAUUUAAAUCAAGAGUCCUCCCUAGCGAGCAGAAGGGUCCGUUAUUAAGCCACGGGAGUUUGGAGGGGGAACACGGGCCGCCCUUAAUUUGACGAGCCGAGGCGACCGGGUCCAAUCUCUGGUCCUGAUUGAGUAAUGGGCCGAACCGGACAGAGUUAACGAGCUCCCUCUAAAAACCCAUUGAUUCCUCUGUCCUGUUGUGCUGCACUGUGUCUGUGGGGUUCUGGGAUCUUCUGUGGGAAUGGAGUUUUAGGCAGGAAGAGGGUGGGUGGUGGUGGCAGCUCUGUCAUGCCCAUUUGGGGACAGCAGGGGAGCUUUUGAAAGCGAGAGAGUGAGCGAAGGAGGACAGGAAAUUGAUAGCGCCUGUUAACAAGUGCACGAGGAGGCCUGCUGCCACCUCUGAGCCAGUCCUUACCAGCCCCCUCUCUGUCCCCACAAUCCCUCACAGAGCACAGCGCCACAUCGACCCGCACUACUAACUAGACUAGAGCAGUCGAUGGCAGAACAGUUGAAAGGCCUCUAUCUGGAAUGGUUGAUCACAAAGCCCGUCUCCGAGGGAUCGAAGAUGGAUGCAUUAAGAUGGACCCCUAGCUUUGAUCUAACCCAGCGGUGUUGACAAGUAGUCCCCCACUGAGCUACAGCUGUUCCCCCAUCCCCUCCACUUUCUGUCUGUCUGUCUGAGCUAGCCUGAUCCGUGAUCUGAUUGUGCUGUAUUGCCAACUCCUAUGGUCAUUGUCAAUACAGCACAACAGAUCUGGGACCAUGCUAUGUCAGAGCCACUCUGCUGAACCGGAGGCAAGCAUCACUGGAGGAUGAGGACCAUUCAAACGCAUGCAGAGAGUGCAUAGAUAGAUAGCUAGACCAGUCUGUGCGUUGGCCACUGAAAUCAAUAAUGGGAAGUAGGGAUACGGAUGCGGUUUAAGUCUGGUAAAUGACUUGAGAGGUUCUGUGAGUGUGGUAGGUCUUAAGGGUCUUUCCACAAACAGAGUACAAUAUACAGAGUAGUGUGUUUGUCUACCAAUGAAAUCAGUAAUGAAACUUAGGGAUAAGGAUGAUUGAGAUAUGAUUAAGUCUGGUAAAAGACUUGAGCGAAUCUGUGUGUGUGGUAAGUAUUCAGGCUUCAGAGCCUUCCCACAUGCACAGAAGUCUUUCACCACAGGUCUUUCCAGUAGAUUGGUAAUUGUGCAAUUCAGGAUGUGUCACCUAGAGUCAUGUUGACUUGGCUCUGCAUAUAUUAUGCAAACACUUCUAAUUACCAAGCACAUUUUUUCCCUGGUUUCCACCAAUCAGAUGUUUACCCAGAGAAUGUACAGUACUGUAUGUACGGACAGUAACUGAUUUGGGAGUUGUGUAAGUCAGGAAUGAUAUUUCUUACCCUUGUUACCCUCCGUCCACAUGCGUGACCCUAACCAGGUCCCUAAAUCUGAGGAGACGAAGCCUCACUCGCAGAGAAGCAAGGUCUGAGAAACACACACACACACACACACACACACAUCCGUGUCUGUGGACCUCACCACUGGGCAUGCUUCUCUGUCAUGAUGCAUUGACCUUGCCUCUGUGUCCAUUCCUUUAUUAAUUUAUUAAUGUAUUCCUUUAUUUGUUUUUUUUCAUCCCUUCUUUAUUUGAUUGUGAUGAUGGUCAUCCUCCGUGUUAACCCUGUCAGCCCCUGGAGUAGUUUCACCACUCUCUAAAUUACUUCUAACACUCUCCUAAGGUCCCCUCAACCAGGAAAAACGUAGGCUAACUUAAAAUAACAAAGAGCUGUGCUUAAUGAAUGCUAUUCCCCUCAAUCUCCUGGGACUAUAUACAGUGUAAAAACAAAGGCAUAGAGAUCGAUUGGAGUCGAUGGUGAACAUCCAGGGAUAGACUGGCCAUAGGGCAAUUCUGGCAAAUGCCAGAUGGACUAGUCCAUCUUUAAUCCAUCUGUCUAAAUUGCCUCAAGUUAAUAAAAAUGGGCUGGUGUGUGGGGCCUUGAGGAAAAAAAUGGGGUGGUGUGUUAGAAAUGCCAAGGGCCUAUUUCUAGUCCCAGUCCGUCUCCGUGGAUAGAUGGCAGCAUUCGCGCAAAACUGAAAGCGCGAACCACCGCAUUUAACCAUGACAAGGUGACUGGGAAUAUGGCAGAAUACAAACAGUGUAGCUACACACUCCGAAGGGCAAUUAAACUGGCAAAACAUCAGUAUAGAGACAAAGUGGAGUCACAAUUCAACGGCUCAGACACGAGACGUCUGUGGCAGGGUCUACAGACAAUCACGGACUACAAAAGGAAAACCAGCCACCACCGACCUCUCGCUUCCGGACAGGCUAAACACCUUCUUCGCCCGCUUUGUGGAUAACACAGUGCCACCGACGCAGCCCACUACCAAGGACUGUGGGCUCACCUUCUCCGUGGCCGACGUGAGUAAGACAUUUAAGCAUGUUAACUCCCGCAAGGCUGCCGGCCCAGACGGCAUCCUUAGCCGCGUCCUCAGAGCAUACACAGACCAGUUGGUGUGUUUACGGACAUAUUCAAUCUCUGCCUAUCCCAGUCUGCUGUCCCCACAUGCUUCAAGAUGGCCUCCAUUGUUCCUGUACCCAAGAAAGCAAAGGUAACUGAACUAAAUGACUAUCGCCCCGUAGCACUCACCUUUGUCAUCAUGAAGUCCUUUAAGAGACUAGUCAAGGAUCAUAUCACCUCUACCUUACAUGUCACCCUAGACCCACUUCAAUUUGCUUACCGCCCCAAUAGGUCCACAGACGAUGCAAUCACCAUCACACUGCACACUGCCCUAUCCCAUCUGGACAAGAGGAAUACCUAUGUAAGAAUGCUGUUCAUUGACUGUAGCUCAGCAUUCAACACCAUAGUACCCUCAAAGCUCAUCAUUAAGCUCGAGGCCCUGUGCAACUGGAUCCUGGACUUCCAGACGGGCCGCCCCCAGGUGGUGAAGGUAGGAAACAACAUCUCCACUUCGCUGAUCCUCAACACUGGGGCCCCACAAGGGUGCGUGCUCAGCCCCCUCCUGUACUGCCUGUUCACCCAUGACUGCGUGGCCAAGCAUGCCUCCAACUCAAUCAUCAAGUUUGCAGAUGACACAACAGUAGUAGGCUUGAUUGCCAACAAUGACGAGACCGCCUACAGGGAAGAGGUGAGGACUGGGAGUGUGGUGCCAGGAAAAUAACCUCUCACUCAAUGUCAACAAAACAAAGGAGAUGAUCGUGGAUUUCAGGAAACAGCAGAGGGUGCACCCCCCUAUCCACAUCGACGGGACCGCAGUGGAGAAGGUGGAAAGCUUCAAGUUCCUUGGUUCCUACAGAUGCACAAUUGAGAGCAUCCUGUCGGGCUGUAUCACCGCCUGGUACGGCAACUGCACCGCCCGCAACCGCAGGGCUCUCCAGAGGGUGGUGCGGUCUGCUGAAUGCAUUACCUGGGGGCAAACUACCCGCCCUCCAGGACACCUACAGCACCCGAUGUCACAGGAAGGCCAAAAAGAUCAUCAAGGACAUCAACCACCUGAGCCACUGCCUAUUCACCCCACUAUCAUCCAGAAGGCGAGGUCAGUACAGGUGCAUCAAAGCUGGGACAGAGAGAAUGAAAAACAGCUUCUAUCUCAAGGCCAUCAGACUGUUAAAUAGCCAUCACUAGCACAUUAGAGGCUGCUGCUGCCUAUUGAAAUCACUGGCCACUUUAAGAAAUGGAACACUUGUCACUUGAGUAAUGCAAGAUAUGUAAACAUUAUUAAUCUCAUAUGUAUAUACUGUAUUCUAUAAUAUUCUACUGUAUCUUAGUCCAUGCCACUCUGUCAUUGUUUGUCCAUAUACAGCUCUGGAAAAAAUUAAGAGACCACUGCAAUCAGCACUGCAAUAGAUCAAAACACAAUUUUUCUUCAAUCAGCAUCUCUACAUGUAUGACAGCCAUUCCAUUCCAGUGUCUGUUGAAUUCCAACACAGGCACACCUCAUUCUACUGAAUUAGGUACUGAUUAGGUGAUCACCUGAACCAAAUCUUAUUUAACAAGGAAAAGUAUAAAAACCACUGCUAUGGUCAUCACUAUCCUCUUGCAAUAGGACCAGCUGGAUGGCAAAAACAGUGCUAAUAGUACCUCAAAAGUAAUAUUAAUAAAAAAAUAACUAUUGACCAUGCCAAAAGAGUUGAAAAGGAAUGUUUUGAGUGAGGAAAAGAAGGGUUCAAUUCUGGCUUUACUGGCAGAGGGAUACAGUGAGCGUCAAAGACGGCGGUUCAUAAGAACAAGGUCAAGCAGCAGACAUUGGGGACAACAAAGCUACAGACCGACAGAGGGCGAAAACGACUCUCUACUGACCGGGAUGACCGCCAACUCAUUCGAAUGUCACUCAACAACCGUAGGAUGACAUCAAGUGACCGACAAAAAGAAUGGCAAAUGGCAGCUGGAGUGAAGUGCACGGCGAGGGCGGUUCGAAACAGGCUCUAGGGGCAGGGCUGAAGUCGUGCAAAGCUAGAAAAAAGCCCUUCAUCAAUGAGAAGCAAAGAAGAGCCAGGCUGAGGUUUGCAAAAGACCAUAAGGAUUGGACCGUAGAGGACUGGAGUAAGGUCAUCUUCUCUGAUGAGUCCAAUUUUCAGCUUUGCCCAACACCUGGUCGUCUAAUGGUUAGAAGGAGACCUGGAGAGGCCUACAAGCCACAGUGUCUCGCACCCACUGUGAAAUUUGGUGGAGGAUCGGUGAUGAUCUGGGGGUGCUUCAGCAAGGCUGGAAUCGGUCAGAUUUUGUCUUUGUGAAGGACGCAUGAAUCAAGCCACGUACAAGGUUGUCCUGGAAGAAAACUUGCUUCCUUUUGCUCUGACAUUGUUCCCCAACUCUGAGGAUUGGUUUUUCCAGCAGGACAAUGCGCCAUGCCACAUAGCCAGGUCAAUCAAGGUGUGGAUGGAGGACCACCAGAUCAAGACACUGUCAUGGCCAGUCCAAUAUCCAGACCUGAACCCCAUUGAAAACUUCUGGAAUGUGAUCAAGAGGAAGAUGGAUGGUCACAUGCCAUCAAACAAAGCCGAGCUGCUUGAAUUUAUGUGCCAGGAGUGGCAUAAAGUCACCCAACAUCAAUGUGAAAGACUGGUGGAGAGCAUGCCAAGACGCAUGAAAGCUGUGAUUGAAAAUCAGGGUUAUUCCACCAAAUACUGAUUUCUGAACUCUUCCUAAGUGAAAACAUUAGUAUUGUGUUGUUUAAAAAUGAACAUGAACUUAUUUUCUUUGUAUUAUUCGAGGUCUGACAACACUGCAUUUUUUUUUGUUAUUUUGACCAGUUGUCAUUUUCUGCAAAUACAUGCUCUAAAUGACAAUAUUUUUAUUUGGAAUUUGGGAGAAAUGUUGUCAAUAGUUUAUAGAAUAAAACAAAAAUGUUAAUUUCACCCAAACACAUACCUAUAAAUAGUAAAACCAGAGAAACGUAUAUUUUUGCAGUGGUCUCUUAAUUUUUUCCAGAGCUGUAUGUAUAUAUUCUUUAUUCCAUUCCUUACUUAGAUUUGUGUGUAUUGGGUAUAUGUUGUGAAAUUGUUAGAUAUUACUUGUUAGAUAUUACUGCACUGUCGGAGCUAGAAGCACAAGCAUUUCGCUACACCCGCAAUAACAUCUGCUAAACACAUGUAUGUGAAAAAUAAAAUUGUAUUUUAUUUGAUUUGAACGUCACAUCACAGCAAGUUUAGAAGUCAUACACUAGCCGACUGCUAACCAGCCACAGUGACUUAAUUAUGAACCCAGGGGCACACAGAGUCAGUACUGAGACUAUCUCGUAUCCCUGACAGUGUCAGAAGGUGGAGACUCCUCCAUCAAUGUUUACCUGUUUGAUGACUGUGCUGUUUCAUUAUGUUGCAUCACUCAUUGGACCAUCAGUUGCUUCUGUAGAAUAAGUUACUGUAUAUAUGUUCACCCUGUGUUUCUGUGUUCAAGCUUGCUAUAGUGACUGACUGCCCCAGUUGACCUCAUUGUAAUGUAGUUCAAGGCCCUGUUUGAAUACUUUACAAACGCACCCUGCCUUUCUCCCUUCCUUGAAGCAAUCACUGAUCUUACACAAAUUGAUAGGUGUAAGUAAUAGUUCUAUUACAUCUCUUCCACCUACCCAGCCUUGUCAGAUCAGGGAUUUAUUUAAGGAAGGGAGGAAGGAAAGAGGCAUUCUCUUAAGUAUUUGAACAGGGCUCUAGUCAUUCCAGCCUGUAAUGUUAAUGAUCUGUGUGUGUCUCUCCUCUCUCUGUCUGACAGGAUGACUACAUACCAUACCCGCGGAUAGAGGACGUGAGUCAGCGCUCUGAUGCGAUCAUAUCAGCUAGAUCAAAACACUAUGCACACACAAGCAUGAACAACACAAACCCACAUAAGCACGUGUACAGUAUGCACACACACACACACACACACACACGUACAUGCACAAACACACACACACACACACACACACACACACACACACACACACACACACACACACACACACACGUACAUGCACAAACACACACACACACACACACACACACACACACACACACACACACACACAGUAAUGCAGUAAUGCAAAUACUGGUGGUCAAUGUAAAACAAGGCUCAAUGAACAUUUACAAACACAUUUAUAAUAAUGAUCAAAACCCCAAGAUCUUAUUUAUUUAUAUGGCCCUAUUCUUGUGGGUGAUGGUAUUUUGGUACAUAAACCCCUUGUCCCUUGGUUGUCUGGCUUAGAUUCUGGAGAAGGGUAGCCCAUACCCGCAGGUGAUCCUGCCCCAAUUUGGGGGUUACUGGAUUGAGGAUGCCGAGGCGCCUGCAGGCACCCCCACCUCCUCGGAGAGCAGUUUCUGUGAGGAGGAUGACGGAGGGGGCAUGAGCCCUGGGGGAGGCUUCGGCUUCAGGCUGGAGUGCAACAGCACGGCCAGGGCCUACCGCAAACACUUCCUGGGCAGGGUGAGUCAAGGCCUAUUUGGCUAGUAGUAAUAAUGUGGGUGUGUGAGUGGGGGAGGAAGGGGACGUCUGCGCCUGCAUGUGUGUGUUGUGUGUGUCUGUGUUUGUUUAUGUGUGUAUGUGCGUGUGUGUUCUCUGUAAGGGUGUGUUUCCCUCUUUUAGUCUUUCUCCAUUUGGGGAUUUUUCCUAUUUCAGACUUAAUUCUGCUCUGGGGUUAUGACUAAGCAUAAGGUUUUACAGUGAAAUAUUGACUGUAAAACCUUAUUUGAAUGUGUGUAACUUCUUUAAACUGUCUCAUUAUACUGUGUAGUGAUUCACUGUCUGUCUGACCCUCCCUCCCUCCCUCCCUCCCUCCCUCCCUCCCGCCAUCACUUAUCAUCCCCCUCGUCUAUUCCUCUCCUCCUCUCUCUCGCUCUCUCUCUCUCUCUCUCGCUCUCUCUCUCUCUCUUCUCUCUCUCUCUCGCUCUUCCUCUCUCCUCUCUCUCUCUCUCUCUCCUCUCUCUCUCUCUCUUCUCUCCUCGUCUCUCUCUCUCUUCCCUCUCUUCUCUCUCUCUCUUCUUCAGACAUAUGAACUACUACUGCACAGGCAGCAGUCUGGGGAACCUCAUUAUGUCACUGAAGCACGAGGAGGCAGAGGGCCAGGAGUUCCUCCGCAUCAUUCUCAGGUAACUACAGUAGAGCCAGGAGUUCCUCCUUCAUGCUCAGGUAGCUACAGUCAUAUAAUUACCUACAGUAGAGCCAGGAGUUCCUCCUUCAUGCUCAGGUAGCUACAGUCAUAUAAUUACAUACAGUAGGGGCCAGGAGUUCCUCCUUCAUGCUCAGGUAGCUACAGUCAUAUAAUUACAUACAGUAGGGCCAGGAGUUCCUCCUUCAUGCUCAGGUAGCUACAGUCAUAUAAUUACAUACAGUAGGGCCAGGAGUUCCUCCUUCAUGCUCAGGUAGCUACAGUCAUAUAAUUACAUACAGUAGGGGCCAGGAGUUCCUCCUUCAUGCUCAGGUAGCUACAGUCAUAUAAUUACAUACAGUAGGGCCAGGAGUUCCUCCUUCAUGCUCAGGUAGCUACAGUCAUAUAAUUACAUACAGUAGGGGCCAGGAGUUCCUCCUUCAUGCUCAGGUAGCUACAGUCAUAUAAUUACAUACAGUAGGGCCAGGAGUUCCUCCUUCAUGCUCAGGUAGCUACAGUCAUAUAAUUACAUACAGUAGGGCCAGGAGUUCCAGUAGGGAUGUAGGAUCUGAACUAGCUCUGAUCUGCCCUGGCCUGGACCCAUAUAUACAGCCACAGCAGUCCAGUGGGCCUAUGUUGGCUCUGGAGCCAUGGCCUGGACCCAUAUAUACAGCCACAGCAGUCCAGUGGGCCUAUGUUGGGUCUGGAGCCAUGGCCUGGACCCAUAUAUACAGCCACAGCAGUCCAGUGGGCCUAUGUUGGGUCUGGAGCCAUGGCCUUGACCCAUAUAUACAGCCACAGCAGUCCAGUGGGCCUAUGUUGGGUCUGGAGCCAUGGCCUGGACCCAUAUAUACAGCCACAGCAGUCCAGUGGGCCUAUGUUGGGUCUGGAGCCAUGGCCUGGACCCAUAUAUACAGCCACAGCAGUCCAGUGGGCCUAUGUUGGGUCUGGAGCCAUGGCCUGGACCCAUAUAUACAGCCACAGCAGUCCAGUGGGCCUAUGUUGGGUCUGGAGCCAUGGCCUGGACCCAUAUUUAUAUUUACACUAAUCCUACCUUGUGAACGUGGAUUUACACCCUCAAAUAUAAGUUAUUUUACACUUAUCAUGUAACCGGUAGCCAGAACUUUCACUGUAGAAAUAGGAAGUAUGUAUGUGCCAUGUGCUGCCUACCUUUUUAAGAUGCGGUUAUUGACACUGGUUUUGUGCAAUCAUCACCCAGGUCGAGGACAAAGACACACCAUGAUAGGAUCUCUCUGGCAGGCCUCAACCAGCUUCCCAGUGUACCCCAGAUAGCCAAGGUAAAGAGGGCUGACCUAAGCACCACCAAGUACCACAUGUUCACUCAAUGCAACAUGUACUCAAUGUAAAGUGGCGAUCUGGGUUUCAAACAUCAACAAUGUGGGCAGACCGCCACUGUUUUGGAAAACAGCUGAGGGAUGGGGCUGUGUUGAAACUAUACAGUGUUUGUUUACAUUUACAUUGUUUACAAACAAUUAAGUAAAACAAACGUUUGGGUUCUGAUGGGGUAAGACAGUUGAACUAAGCUCAUGAUUCAUUUAUACAUUAUAUUCUAAAAUAAUAAGUUGCUAUACAGUGGGGGAAAAAAGUAUUUAGUCAGCCACCAAUUGUGCAAGUUCUCCCACUUAAAAAGAUGAGAGAGGCCUGUAAUUUUCAUCAUAGGUACACGUCCACUAUGACAGACAAAAUGAGAAAAAAAAAUCCAGAAAAUCACAUUGUAGGAUUUUUAAUGAAUUUAUUGGCAUAUGAUGGUGGAAAAUAAGUAUUUGGUCAAUAACAAAAGUUUCUCAAUACUUUGUUAUAUACCCUUUGUUGGCAAUGACACAGGUCAAACGUUUUCUGUAAGUCUUCACAAGGUUUUCACACACUGUUGCUGGUAUUUUGGCCCAUUCCUCCAUGCAGAUCUCCUCUAGAGCAGUGAUGUUUUGGGGCUGUCGCUGGGCAACACAGACUUUCAACUCCCUCCAAAGAUUUUCUAUGGGGUUGAGAUCUGGAGACUGGCUAGGCCACUCCAGGACCUUGAAAUGCUUCUUACGAAGCCACUCCUUCGUUGCCCGGGCGGUGUGUUUGGGAUCAUUGUCAUGCUGAAAGACCCAGCCACGUUUCAUCUUCAAUGCCCUUGCUGAUGGAAGGAGGGUUUCACUCAAAAUCUCACGAUACAUGGCCCCAUUCAUUCUUUCCUUUACACGGAUCAGUCGUCCUGGUCCCUUUGCAGAAAAACAGCCCCAAAGCAUGAUGUUUCCAACCCCAUGCUUCACAGUAGGUAUGGUGUUCUUUUGAUGCAACUCAGCAUUCUUUGUUCUCCAAACAUGACGAGUUGAGUUUUUACCAAAAAGUUAUAUUUUGGUUUCAUCUGACCAUAUGACAUUCUCCCAAUCCUCUUCUGGAUCAUCCAAAUGCACUUCAGACGGGCCUGGACAUGUACUGGCUUAAGCAGGGGGACACGUCUCGCACUGCAGGAUUUGAGUUCCUGGCGGCGUAGUGUGUUACUGAUGGUUGGCUUUGUUACUUUGGUCCCAGCUCUCUGCAGGUCAUUCACUAGGUCCCCCCGUGUGGUUCUGGGAUUUUUGCUCACCGUUCUUGUGAUCAUUUUGACCCCACGGGGUGAGAUCUUGCGUGGAGCCCCAGAUCGAGGGAGAUUAUCAGUGGUCUUGUAUGUCUUCCAUUUCCUAAUAAUUGCUCCCACAGUUGAUUUCUUCAAACCAAGCUGCUUACCUAUUGCAGAUUCAGUCUUCCCAGCCUGGUGCAGGUCUACAAUUUUGUUUUUGGUGUCCUUUGACAGCUCUUUGGUCUUGGCCAUUGUGAAGUUUGGAGUGUGACUGUUUGAGGUUGUGGACAGGUGUAUUUUAUACUGAUAACAAGUUCAAACAGGUGCCAUUAAUACAGGUAACGAGUGGAGGACAGAGGAGCCUCUGAAAGAAGAAGUUACAGGUCUGUGAGAGCCAGAAAUCUUGCUUGUUUGUAGGUGACCAAAUACUUAUUUUCCACCAUAAUUUGCAAAUAAAUUCAUUAAAAAUCCUACAAUGGGAUUUUCUGGAUUUUUUUUCCUCAAUUUGUCUGUCAUAGUUGACGUGUACCUAUGAUGAAAAUUACAGGCCUCUCUCAUCUUUUUAAGUGGGAGAACUUGCACAAUUGGUGGCUGACUAAAUACUUUUUUUCCCCACUGUAUAUAAUUCAUUUAACAGUCUGAAAAGGGAUGUACCAAUCCCAGAUUGCCCCUUUAAUCUAAAAUCGAUUUGUUUCGGUCAAUGUGGUUUCAAAUGGAUCCGUGUCUGUCUGUCUGUCUGUGUUUCAGCUUCUCUGUGACGAUGUGACUGGCCUGAAGUUCAACCCGGUCCUGUACCCCAGAGUGAGUCUGCUCCACAGUUUCCUUUCAGCCAGGCGCUUCCACCUGUACUACAGUAGCCAUAGAACCAGGGUCAUAUUCAUUAGGUCAUGCCAUAGAAAUAUAAAUCAUUUUCUAGCAUUUUCAAAAUGUUUUGCAAUGGAACACAAGUGUUUCUUAUUGGACAAGUCCAGGUAGUCGCUCCCUUUUACAGUCCCUUUUCUUCCGUUUGCUGCCUAAUGAACUUAAUCCAACUUCCACCUGGUCCACUAUACAGCCUGGUCCACCCUGUUCUCUCUUACUGAUAUGGUGUAGGCAGUGCUAAAGAUAGAUCUGAUCCAGGACCUGUUCAUCACUUCAGAGGUCAUUUGGAUGAUGGAGCUGCUUGUUGUGCCUCUGCUCCGGGUCCUAUAGAACUCAUCUGUUAUUAUGACAGUCUGCUCAGACUGCUCCCCCUCCCCUCUGCUCCCAUCCCCCACUGGUUGCAGCUGACUGCCUUUCAGAAUGGCUACAAUCAACCCACAGUGGCCCUGGGUCGUAUUUAUUAGGGCAUGCAACGGAAAACAUUUUGUAGCUGAAAACGGAAAAAAUGACCUCCCCAGACGUGAUAGACACUACAUGACCAAAAGUAUGUGGUUACCUGCUUGUCGAACAUCUCAUUCCAAAAUCAUGGGCAUUAAUAUGGAGUUGAUCCCCCCCUUUGCUGCUAUUACAACCUCCAAAUUACUGGGAAUGCUGCUAUAACAACCUCCACAUUACUGGGAAGGCUUUCCACUAGAUGUUGGAACAUUGCUGUGGGGACUUGCUUCCAUUCAGCCACAAGAGCAUUAGUGAGGUUGGGCACUGAUGUGGGACGAUUAGGCCUGGCUCGCAGUCAGCGUUCCAAUUCAUCCCAAAGGUGUUCGAUUGGGUUGAGGUCAGGGCUCUGUGCAGGCCAGUCAAGUUCUUCCACACCGAUCUCGACAAACCCUUUUUGUAUGGACCCCGCUUUGUGCACGGCGGCAUUGUCAUGCUGAUACAGGAAAGGCCUUCACCAAACUGUUGCCACAAAGUUGGAAGCACAGAAUCGUCUAGAAUGUAAUUGUAUGCUGUAACGAUAAGAUUUCCCUUCACUGGAACUAAGGGGCCUAGCCCUAACCAUGAAACACAGCCCCAGACCGUUAUUCCUCCUCCACCAAACAUUACAGUUGGCACUAUGCAUUCGGGCAGGUAGCAUUCUCCUGGCAUCCGCCAAACUCAGAUUUGUCCGUCGGACUACCAAAUGGUGAAGCGUGAUUCAUCACUCCAGAGAACACGUUUCCACUGCUCCAGAGUCCAAUAGCAGCAAGCUUUACACUACUCCAGCCGACGCUUGCCAUUGCUCAUGGUGAUCUUAGGCUUGUGUGCGGCUGCUUGGCCAUGGAAACCCAUUUCAUGAAGCUCCCGACGAACAGUUCUUGUGCUGACAUUGCUUCCAGAGGAAGUUUGGAACUCGGUAGUGAGUGUUGCAACUGAGGACAGACGAUUUCUACACGCUACGCGCUUCAGCACUCGGCGGUCCCGUUCUGUGAGCUUGUGUGGCCUACCACUUCGCAGCUGAGCUGUUGUUGCUCCUAGAUGUUUCCACUUCACAAUAACACCACUUACAGUUGACUGGGGCAGCUCUAGCAGGGCAGAAAUUUGACGGACUGACUUGUUGGAAAGGUGGCAUCAUAUGACGGUGACACGUUGAAAAUCACUGAGCUCUUCAGUAAGGCCAUUCUACUGCCAAUGUUUGUCUAUGGAGAUUGCAUGGCGGUGUGCUCGAUUUUAUACACCUGUCAGCAAUGGGUGUGGCUGAAAUAGCUGAAUCCACUAAUUUGAAGGGGUGUGCACAUACUUUUGUAUAUAUAGUGUAAAUAUCUGCCCGAGUUAUGGAGGGACUUUAUCACAUAACUGGAUAUUAUAUGUACAUACACAUCCUUAUAAUUGUUUUGUUUUGGUUUCAGGGCUCUCAGUUGAUAGUAGGUUAUGACGAACAUGAAGUGAACAACACAUUUAAGUUUGGUGUCAUCUACCAGAAGUUUGGUCAGGUGAGUGUGAUAUGCAGGUUUUUAUUGCCAAAUGGUGUUUCAGUUUAUUCCUUAUCUGUAAGCUGCAUUGUGUAUGGAACCCCAUACAUUAACAUCUCUCCCUUUUAAUCUUCUCCCCUCAUCCCUCUCUCCUCUCCUCUCAUUGCUCCAUCCUAGACGUCAGAGGAGGAGUUGUUUGGGAACAACGAGGAGACGCCAGCCUUCCUAGAGUUCCUCAGUGUUCUGGGAGACAACAUAGAGCUGAACGACUUUAAGGGGUGAGAGACAUAGAUACAACUCUACUAGACCCCUACUCCCGAGAGGGGGAGAGGGGGAGAGAAGGGAGGAGAAAAUUUUUUUUUUUUUUUAGCCCCCCGAGGGGAGGAACAGAGGGAGAGAGGGGGGAGGUUUUUGGGGAAAGGAAAGGGGGGUCCAGAUGGAAAAAAGGGGAGGAGGAGGGAAAAGAGGGGGGCGGUGCCCGAGGAGAGGGUUUUGGAAGAAGAGGGGAAGAGGGAUGGCGGAAAAAGGAUAAGGGGGAGGGGGGAAGAGGGCCCCCCCCCGGGAGAGGGAGGGGAAAUUGAAGGGGGGGGGGAACCGGGGGAAGAAAAGGGAGGGAGGAGGCAAAAGACUGGGGUACAAACCCCUUGCUUUGGACCCCUACCCCCACCCUUUUUAGAGGGAAGGGGGAGGGCGAAGGGGCGAAGAGGGGGGGAAACGGGAAAGAAAGCAAAAAGAGGGGGAGAAUAGAAAAACAACCGCAACUCUAUCGGGGAGGGAAGGGAAGGGGGGAGGGGAGGGAGGGGCGGGAAAAGGGGGGAGGGGAAUGGAGGGAGAAGAGGGGGGGGGAAAAGAAUUGAGGAAGGGUUGGGGGGAAGAGGAGGAAAAACGGAGAAAAAGAGGAGGGAGAGGGUGAAGGGGGAAAAAGGGGGAGAAAAGGAGCCGGGAAAAAGGAAAAAGAAGGAAAAGGAGGAAAAGGGGGGAGAGAGGAAAAAGAGGGAGCCCAAGGGGGAGGAGGAGGGAGAGGAAAAACAAAAAGGGGAGGAAAAAGAAACAGGGGGGAGGGCGGGAGGGGAAAAAGGGUGGGGGGGAAAUGGGGAGGGGAAGGGGAGAGGGAAGGGGGGGAGGGGGGAGAGGGGAGGGGAGGAGAAAAGAAGAGAAGGAAAAGGGGGAGGGAAGAAGAGGGGGGAGAGAGAGAGGAGAGAGGGAGGGGGAAAGGAGGGGAGGUUUAGGAGAGAGAGACGGAAAGGGAAGAGAGGAAAGGGAGAGGGGGGGAGAGGAGAGAGAGAGAAAAGGAAGGGGGAGAGAAGGGGGGGGAGAGAAAAGAGAGAGAGGGGGGAUGGGGGAGAGAGCGAGGAGAGGAGGAAGGGGACAGAGCGAGGGAGCGGGGAAGAAGGGGGGGAGUAAGAGGAGAAGGAGAGGGGGAGGGAAGAGAGGAGAGAGAGAGGGGGAGGGGGAGGGGAGAGAGGGGGGAGAGAGGGAAGGGGAGAGAACUUUUGGGUAUAUUAUUACUGAGAGGGGAAGGGGAAGGGGAAAGAGAGAGGGGGGAGAGAGGAAGGGGGAGGAGAGGGAGGAGGGAGAGAGAGAGAAAAGGGAAAGUUUUACACUAUAUAUUUUUACUGCCUUUCCCUGUAAAUUUUGCAUGAGUAGGGCCCGGAGUUUUCCUGGGCAAGUGAUCAGGAAAUGCUCCUGGCCCCUACCCAAUAUUUAACGUCAUGGGUAAUGAUAAUCAUGUUGUGUUGUCACUGUGCUCCUAGGUUCGUGGUGGUCUGGAUGUAUCUCAUGGUCAAGGAACAGGCUCUGAGUCCAUCUAUACCGUCUUCAGACAAGGAGAGAAGAUGAUUGGUUCCCACGUCUCCACUAAGCUACCCCUUCACUGAGGGAGACGUACAACAGGUACUGAACCCGCUACACCACACACGCAUAAUAACAGUGGUUACAGUAUGUGUUUUGUGUGUGUUCAGUGUGCGGGUCACUCAUAAACACCCUCUGUUUCCUCAUCCCUCUCACCCCACACCAUUCCUGUACAUUUUGUCUCUAAUAAUUGUGACUAAUUAGACUGUAUAACAUACAGUCACAGUCCUAAGGUGUUUACAGAACACUAUGCUCUUGUCCCUCAGCUCCAGAGGAAGAGGCACAUAGGAAAUGACAUCGUGGCGGCGGUCUUCCAGGAAGACGCCACGCCCUUUGUGCCUGACAUGAUCGCCUCCAAUUUCCUCCAUGCGUAUGUGCUGGUGCAGGUGGAGAACCCUGGUACUGAACACACCACAUACAAGGUCAGUACUAUAGCCUACUAUGAACCUAACAGGCUCACUGUGAUAUUUGCAAAGCGGAGUGGGCCUUUAAGGCAUGGAUAUUAUGUAACCGGUGUGAAAUGGCUAGCUAGUUAGCGGUGAGCGCUAGUAGCGUUUCUAUCGGUGACGUCACUCGCUCUGAGACCUUGAAGUAGUUGUUUGCCUUGCUCUGCAAGGGCCGUGGCUUUUGUGGAGCGAUAGGUAACGAUGCUUCAAGGGUGACUGUUGUCGAUGUGUGCAAAGGGUCCCUGGUUCAAGCCCAGGUUGGUGCGAGGAGGGAACUGAAGCAAUACUGUUAGAAUUACUUAAGCCAGACUCUCUACACAGUAAAUGUAUGACGUGAAUUGCUUUGUGUCGGCAGGUGUCUGUUACAGCGAGGGAGGAUGUACCUCUGUUUGGCCCACCUCUCCCCAAUCCAGCGGUCUUCAAGAAGGUAAGUAAGAGAAAGAGAAUUACAGAAAAAGAUACAGAGAGAGAAAGAGAGAGAUUGAAGGAGAGUGAAAGUUUCCCACUGUUAUUUACAGUGAAAGUUUUAAUGAGAAACCUGACAUAAUUUACAGUUCAUUCAGCAGAAAGUAUUCAUAUUGCUUUACUUAUUCCACAUUUUGUUGUGUUACAGCAUGAAUUCAAAAUGGAUACAAUUAUAUUUACACACAAUACCCCAUGACAAAGUGAAAACAUAUUGUUGCAGUAUUACUUUAGUGUCUUGUUGCAAACAGGAUGCAUGUUCUGGAGUAUUUUUGUUCUGUACAGGCUUCCUUCUUUUCACGCUAUCAUUUAGGUUAGUAUUUUGGAGUAACUACAAUGUUGUUGAUCCAUCCUCAGUUUUCUCCUAUCACAGCCAUUAAACUCUGCAACUGUUUUAAAGUCACCAUUGACCUCAUGGUGAAAUCCUUGAGCGGUUUCCUUCCUCUCCGGCAACUGAGUUGGGAAGGACGCCUGUAUCUUUGUAGUGACUGGGUGUAUUUGAUACACCAUCCAAAGUGUAAUUAAUAACUUCACCAUCCUCAAAGGGAUAUUCAAUAGGUGCCCUUCUGGAAAACCUCUCUGGUCUUUGUGGAUGAAUCUGUGUUUGAAAUGCACUGCUCGACUGAGGGACUUUACAGUUAAUUGUAUGUGUGGGGAGAGAUGAGGUAGUCAUUCAAAAAUCAUGUUAAACACUAUUAUUGUACACAGAGUGAGUCCAUGUGACUUUUUAAGCAAAUAUUUACUCCUGAACUUAUUUAGGCUUGCCAUAACAAAGGGUUGAAUAAAACAAUUCUAAAAACAGAAUUCCACUUUGACUUUAUGGGGUAUUUUGUGUAGAGGCCAGUGAAACAAAAUAUCAAUUUAAUCCAUUUUAAAUUCAGACUGUAACACAACAAAAUUAGGAAAAAGUCAAGGGGUGUGAAUACUUUCUGAAGGCACUGUUUAAUUCCUUUUCGUCCCGUCGACUCCAGACGACCAGAUGAUGAUGAGUAUGGUGCUGAUGAAAGUCACCUCUCCCACUCCAUCCACAUCUUCCCCCCCUCCCCUUCUCCUGUCUCCCCAGGGUCCUGAGUUCCGUGACUUCCUGCUGACAAAGCUGAUCAAUGCGGAGAACGCCUGCUACAAGUCUGACAAGUUUGCCAAGCUAGAGGUGAGAGGGGCAGAUGACUCAAGACACCCUGGAUAUGUUGCUCAAUCUCUUUCAUCUAUCUCAAUCACCUCUACUACUGCUUCUUAAAUGAUACAUGGUGGUGUUGUUUUUUUGCUUGUGUCUGUUUGCAUCUGUGUGGGUCUGUGUGUCUCUAUGCAUAUGUGUGUGAAUGUGUCUGUGGGUGCUUGUGUUCCAGGGGCGGACGCGAGCUGCGUUGCUGGAUAACCUUCACGAUGAGCUUCACAGACAGACCCAGGCUACACUGGGGCUAGGCCAGGCUGGCGAGGAGGACAAGCUGGAGAACGGGGGCCAUGGGGGACUACUGGAGUCUUUCAAGGUGACUCUUUAACACCGUUUCUUUACCUCAUCAUCUGACGACAUGUCUCUUUCACCUAUCUAGUUGUCUGCUGCUGUUCUCUCUCGCUCUCUCGCUCUCUCUGUCUCUCUCUCCCACUCUCUGUCUCUCUCUCUCGCUCACUCGCACACACACAGACACCCUCUCUCUUUCUCUCUUUCUCUCCCUCUCUCUUUCUCUUUCUGUCUCUCUCUGUCUCUCUCUCUGUCUCUCUCUCUGUUCUCUCUUUCCCUCCCUCCUGCCACGCUGCUGUUGAUUGAGAUUAAGGGAUGCUAAUCAUCGUACCACCUUACCCGUCUUUCUCCAUCUCUCUUUCCCUCACUCCCUCUCUCCCUCUCUCCCUCCCCCAUCCUCCCUGUCUGACCAUAUGGUGUCUCUCUGUCUGUUCACAGGCAGUUUGGAGGUAUGUGUUGCAUGCCACUCAUUCAACCACUGGGGGUGCUGUGCUCAUCGCUACAGCAGCAGUCACAGUUUAUUACCUGUCGUCGCAGAUACUGUAUUAUACUGAUUGAGAAUCAGAACAAAGCAUAUUGAAAGCAUCUCCAAACAUUGAAACACUCAAUAAACACUGUUCCUGUGGUUUUGUUUGUUGUGUUUUAUGCCCUCGAGACUAACGUUGAAACACACCGUCCCUGUCUCCCUUAGUCUAACCUACUAGUGAUGACACGUUAUCAUAAGGCUUCUUAUGAUUUCCUUUACGAUAUAAGUGAACUAAAAUAGUACCCUAGUACACAGUACCUCAUUAUCAGUAAUAUUCAGUGUUGGGGAAGCUACUUUGAAAAUAUAGUUUUCCAAGCUAACAAUUACUUCACAUUGGAAGAGGUUAAGCUACACUAAAGCUACCCUUAAGAACAAUAUAGUUUACUUAACUAAAGUUACUUUGAAAAAGUAGUUCACUACAUCCAAACUACUUUGUGAUACAUUAUCAUAGCUAAAUCUGAAAUGUCAUAGACUACAUAUUGCAAAAACAGAUCAUUCUGGAGUCAGAUGUUAACAGAAUGUGUAAUUUAGCCUAUUAAACAUGUUUCAACUGAAGAUUAGGCAGGUCUGAUGCCGAAAAAUGACCUUUUUGUCUACUUUACCCAUAUUUUAUUUUUGCAAAAGAAGUAGUGUGUAGUUCCACUAUGUAAAACACUACUGAAAACACUACCUAGAUUAGAAUUUAGUUCAACUACCACCUAGCUACUACAAAAUGUAGUUGAAUUACUAGUUGUAGUUCACUAUUCCCCAACACUGGUAAUAUUACAGUCAUAUCUCUCACUAACCAUGCACCGCACUGCACUCCUUAUUUCUCUAUGUAGAAGAAGUGCUCUCUCUGCUGACAGUAUAUUGUAAUAGCAGGUUUGAUCUUUCCUAUGAACAUAAAUCUGAUUUGAUCAAUAUCAGAUACAUUCAUCUUACCCAACCACAUUAUCAAUAGAAUACAAUAAAAUAAUCUAUAAUACAAACCUAAUCUGGCGUCAUUUGGUCAUAUGCUCAAUGUUUACGUAGUCUGUCCACAGGAGUUUAUUACACACCACACUCAAAGAGCUUUGGAAAUUGAUGAGUACACAGAUAGAGUAUAGUUGCAGGAUGUGGACCGGUUUGAAUCCCGGGCCAGGCGCUGGAAAAAAUGGGGUGAAUUGAUCUGGCAACUGGAGGGCUGCUGGGUUCACAUCCUAAAGAUAUUCCCCUACAGUUGGGCCCUUAAGCAAGGCCCCUUUACCCCACAACAUGCUCUCCAUCCAGGGGUGCUGUGCUUGUCUCAACUGUGUGCUGAGACAAUGACUGUACUCAUUUCCCUUCUCUUCCUCUGUCCUCUUUUCUCUUUUCUCUCUAACUCCACACCGCUCCCUUUUAACCUGCUCCCUCCUCUGUCCCCUCUGUCCCUGUCCCCUAGCGUGCGAUGCGCGUCCGGAGUCACUCCAUGGAGACCAUGGUGGGGUCCCACCGUCACCGGAGUCCAGGGGUGGGAGGGGGGGUCCCGGCCAGCUUGAGUGGAGGGGGGCUGCCACAGAGCACCGAGUGCACAAAGAGUACCUUCACGGUGAGCAGGGUGGAGGGGUAGGAGUGCUUGAGGUCAUAAAGUAAUAUUUACACACAAAUAAAACUGGACAUACACAUAGUCUUGUACAUUGCACGUUUUGCAAAACAUUUGCUCAAAUGAGUCUUAUGAUAUCAACAUGUACUUUUGCAAACAGUCACAUCCAUGUAAUAUAAUCAUAAUAUCAGUGUGCUGAUGUAAUUUCAACUGUUUUAUAUGUGAAGGGUAGUGGUCCAUCACGAUGUAGACAAAAUCUGCCUUAAUUGAGCUCAAUCAGCCUCCUAAUGCUGUAUAUUGCCUGCUUCUUAAUGGUAUUGACUGUGUGAUCUCCCUCUCCAGCCACCAGUGCUGUCAGCCAAGUCUCCUCUAAAGAGUCCAGUGAAGCGUCGUUCAGGUCUCUUCCCCCGCCUCCACUCAAGCACAGAGAGCCCCUCGGACAGACACACACGCAGGUCAGCAGGCUUUCCAUAGCCUGGUCCCAGAUCUGUUUGUGCUGUUUUGUUAAUGACCAUAUGAGUUGGCAAGACAUCACAAACAGAUCUGGGACCAGGCUGUGCAUUACAUUUUACAUUUUAGUCAUUUAGCAGACGCUCUUAUCCAGAGCGACUUACAAUGUUUUUAGUUUUUUUGUUAUUUUCAUACUGGCCCCCCGUGGGAAUUCAGGUCAUAAUACUGAAGCUUGUGUUACAGUGCAUUGUAAAGUAUUCAGACCCCUUGACUUUUUCCACAUUUUGUUACGUUACAGCCUUAUUCUAAAAUGUAUUACAUUGCUUUUUCCCCUCAUCAAUCUACACACAAUAUCCCAUAAUGACAAAGCAAAAACAGUUUAAAAACUGAAAUAUCACAUUUACAUAAGUAUUCAGACCCUUUACUCAGUACUUUGUUAAAGCACCUUUGGCAGCAAUUACAGCCUCGAGUCUUCUUUGGUAUGACGCUAUAAGCUUGGCACACCAGUACUUGGGGAGUUUCUCCCAUUCUUCUCUGCAGAUCCUCUCAAGCUCUGUCAAGUUGGAUGGGGAGUGUCACUGCACAGAUAUUUUCAGGUCUCUCCAGAGAUGUUAGAUCGGGUUCAAGUCCGGGCUCUGGCUGGGCCACUCAAGGACAUUCAGAGACUUGUCCCGAAAGCCACUCCUGCGUUGUCUUGGCUGUGUGCUUAGGGUCGUUGUCCUGUUGGAAGGUGAACCUUCACCCCAGUCUGAGGUCCUGACCGCUCUGGAGCAGGUUUUCAUCAAGGAUCUCUAUGUACUUUGCUCCGUUCAUCUUUCCCUCAAUCCUGACUAGUCUCCCAGUCCCUGCCGCUGAAAAACAACCCCACAGCAUGAUGCUGCCACCACCAUGCUUCACCGUAGGGAUGGUGCCAGGUUUCCUUCAGACGUGAUGCUUGGCAUUCAGGCCAAAGAGUUCAAUCUUGGUUUCAUCAGACCUAGAAUCUUGUUUCUCAUGGUCUGAGAGUCCUUUAGGUGCCUUUUGGCGAACUCUAAGCGGGCUUUCAUGUGCCUUUUACUGAGCAGUGGCUUCCGUCUGGCCACUCUACCAUUAAGUCCUGACUCCUCCCAGACCAAGGUUCCCCUUUCCUCCCCCCUCUCCCCCCCGAUUGCUCAGUUUGGCCGGGCGGCCAGCUCUAGGAAGAGUCUUGGAGGUUCCAAACUUCUGCCAUUUAAAAAUGAUGGUGGCCACUGUGUUCUUGGGGACCUUCAAUGCUGCAGAAAUGUGUUGGUACCCUUCCCCAGAUCUCUGCCUCGACACAAUCCUGUCUCGGAGCUCUACAGACAAUUCCUUCGACCUCAUGGCUUGGUUUUUGCUCUGACAUGCACUGUUAACUGUGGGACCUUAUAUAGACAGGUGUGUGCCUUUCCAAAUCAUGUCCAAUCAAUUGAAUUUACCACAGGUGGACUCCAAUCAAGUUGUAGAAACAUCUCAAGGAUGAUCAAUGGAAACAGGAUGCAUCUGAGCUCAAUUUCGAGUCUCAUAGCAAAGGGUCUGAAUACUUAUGUAAAUAAGGAAUGUAGCUCAGUUGGUAGAGCAUGGCGUUUGCAACGCCAGGGUUGUGGGUUCGAUUCCCACGGGGGGCCAGUAUGAAAAAUAAAAAAAUAAUGUAUGCACUCACUAACUGUAAGUCGCUCUGGAUAAGAGCGUCUGCUAAAUGACUAAAAUGUAAUUGUAAUGUAAAAUGUAUUUCUGUUUUUAUUUUGAAUACAUUUGCAAAAAUCUAAUCUGUUUUUGCUUUGUCAUUAUGGGGUAUUGUGUGUAGAUUGAUGAAGAAAUUGUUUUAUUUACACAAUUUUAGAAUAAAGCUGUAACGUAACAAAAUUUGGAAUAAGUCAAGGGGUCUGAAUACUUUCCGAAUGCACUGUAUGUCAUUGUGUAUUUGUUCUAUCUGCUAACUUGGUCUGUUUGUUGUUGCAGUGACCAAAAGACCCCAGACAUCUGCCCUCUUGGCCAGGAAGGGAGGUCAGAGACGUUGUCUAACCCCAGCUCACCAGAGAUCUGCCCCAACAAGGAGAGGUGAGAUGAACUACAACCAAAAUACUGAACAUGAACACACAAUGUGUGCAUGAGGUGUGCAUAUGCUUUGUAAACCUCCCCUCCCCAUACCCUCCCCUCCCCUCCCCUCGUCUCUCCUCCCCUCCCCUCUCCUUUCCUCUCGUCUCUUCUCCUACCAUCCCCUCUCCUCGUCUCUCCUCUCAUCUCCUCUCCUCUAAUGCGGUUCCUCUACCUCCUGUCACCAGGCCAUUCCUCAAGCUGAAGGACUGCAGCAGCAGCAGACACAACAUCUCCCGCUCCUCCUCCAGCACCAGCAGCUUCAGCAGUACCACCGGGGAAGGAGAGGCCCUGGAGGAGCUUGACACUGUGAGGGCCUGCGGCCACUGGGGAGACAGGGGGCUGGGGAGGGGGAGGCCCUGGAGGCAUUGUGCUGGGGAGCGUAUGGAGGAUGGACAGGGGUUGGGGAUAGGGAGUAGGGAGGCACGGGGACAAUGAGUCAGUGGGCUGGGAGACAGGGUGACAGGUGGCUGUAGAGCAGAGGGGUAGGGGAGUGGGGUGUGUUGAGGUAGGCUUGGGUGGGCUAUAGCAUUUCGAUCAGGACUGGCAGGGUGCUUCACAUAAUUGGGCAGAUCAUAGGCCUGUGGUGCUCAGAAGUUGUGGGAUCCAAAAUGAUUAACUGUAUAAGGACCAUGUUUGUUUUAUCAUUAACUGCAUGAAGGCAUCAACAAAUUACACAUUUGGAAUGAUUUGAGAUGAUUUGGCAGUACUGAGAGAAGAAAUAGAGAUGGUGCAAUAUCAUGACAGCUGGUGAUUAAGUCAAUUAUGGUUUCUGUCACUCUCUUUCGAUCAUAUUGUGUUGGAUGUCAAUUACGCACGCUUGGCAAAGGAUGAGAAUGUCAUAUAAUGAUUGUAUCAUACACACAUUACACACACACACAGAUCAGUGUUUACACACAAAAAAACAGUUGUUUACAGCUCAGUUAACCUAAGGCUGGAAUUUGUGUGCCCCUCUGGAGCAGUUUGGGGGAUAAGUUCCUUGCUCAAGCGCACAACGGCAGCACAGUGCUGAAAACCGACCAUCUGUAAUAAAUCCAGCUGAAGUCUCUUAGCUGUAGUCUGUAGUGUGUGUGACAGUAGAAUGAUACAGAUGGAUGUCUACCCUAGCCCUGACAGCUCUUCCUCAUCUUCAUCUUCUCCCUCCUCUUCAUCCUCUUCCUCUUCCUCUCCCAGGGAAUCCACCCGUCCAUAGCCUCCUCGUCCGUGUUCAGCCCCUACCCUUCCCUCAGCGUGGAGAGCCAAGGCUCGGCCACCCCCCUCAUCAUGUGUCGCAGUCCCACAGGUAAACAUCCAACACUACACCUAGGUGUGACUGACUGGGAUCCAAACCCGGGUCUCCUGCACACCACAAGACCAUGUUAGCCCUCUGGGCUAAAGUCUAGGCAUUCUGCAAGUCAUCAGGGUUACUCAACACACAAGCAUGGUUUUGAACCAUCUCUGUUAUAUAGGUCUCUAUACCCUCUGUAUUCAUCUCUUACACUGUAGAUUACAAUGGUGGGUUUGUUUACAUUCUUUACUUGAACUAUCCGGAAGCACACAUGGUACUUUAUUGUUUGCGAGUAUGUUGUCUCAACCUCAAUGUGUGAUUGACACUCAAUCAUAGAGUAUAUAUUUCUCUGAUAAUGGAGGCUUUAUCUUAUUCUCCCCCCAGAUGUAAAGAGUAAGAUGUCUCCCAGGUCAAACUUGAAGUUCCGCUUUGACAAGAUGAGCCACUCCACAACU